AUGCGUGUUCAUCGUUUCUUGACCACCAGUCUGCUGAUGGUUCAUGAAUCAAGAGGCAAGUGGUAGGGAAAGGAAAGUCUUUCCUUGGGCCAAUGACAUUUCGGACGUCUUGUUUUCUAUACUGAAGGGGAGUUGGAAACCAGAAGUAAUUUUCUUAUAGAAGAAGAUUAAUGAAGUUGGAAGAACUGCAAGACAAAACUAUCCUGGAAAUCUUAGGGCAUUUCAUCAUUCAAGUUGGACUCUGAUUAGAAACUUCCCCAGCGCUGCAAGGAGUUAGAAGCUUUCAUUCAUCAGUAAGAACUUGAAAAAGACUACUUGUUAAAUGGAUGUUUUACCAGAGAUUCAUAAUAUCUGUUGUUGUUUUUAUAUAUGGUUGAAAACUUACAUUAGCACAAUACAGAUACUAUUGUGGAUCUCUUUAUUUGCUUCUCAGACUUUAAAUUUACAGUAUGUCAAUUUGCUUUGCAUUACAAAUGGAUGUAUCAACUUCCCUGCUUGUCUUGCAGCCCCAACUCUUUCCCAAAAGUCUGAGAAUAAGCAAAAUAAGUUGUUAAAGGUGCAGAUUUCCCACCCACCAGCCCCCCAAAAAGUUCAUAAAACUUCAAGUUUCUGAGCAGCACCAUAAUUUUCUGCACAGUGGAUAUGUUGUGGUUGUCUUGGAAAUAAGCAGGUUACGAAGUUUUGCAUCGCAAAGUAGAGACAUUUUAAUAACUGAAUAUGGGAAUAGUUGUGAGAUAUAAACUUCAGCCACGUGAUUGUUCUGUCAUUCUCUUUAUUCCUCUUUCUUUCUUUCUUUUCCCAGCUGCCUGUCUUGUCCUGGGCUGUAUGAUUUAUCCUGAUGGCUGGGAUGCAAAGGAGGUGAAACGGAUGUGUGGUGAAAAGACAGACAAGUACACAUUGGGGGCUUGUUCAAUCCGCUGGGCAUACAUUCUGGCCAUCAUUGGAAUCCUGGAUGCCCUGAUCCUUUCUUUCUUGGCAUUUGUACUUGGCAAUAGACAGGACAGCUUACUAGCAGAGGAACUCAAGCUGGAAAACAAAGGUAGGAGGAACGGCUUUGGGAGGCUGUGUUACUCUGAACGGCAAGGGAAAGCACUUAAAAACAACCAUCUCCAUUGUCUGCGUAAAGACUCGCGCUUGCUCAUAAGUUAUCCCCCAUCCAUGUUAAAGAACUGGUCCUUAGUAUUAUUGACCUUGUCAAAUGGCACCUUUUGGCUUCUCCCCUUCCUUCCCCUUUCAUGCUCUUCAGGCUCUGGCUGAGUGGGAAAAGUUCCCAUGUAAUUCCUGUUCUUGUGUGCUGCUGCCCAAAGGGGUGUUACUCUGCCUCGGAGGGCAAAGAAAAGCACACAAGGGAGCAGUGAUGGUGACGUAGACUGUGGAGGAGGGCACUACAUGCUGGUGAACUCAGCAGAUCUCAGAGCUGGUUAUAAUAAUAAUAUUAUUAUUUGUACCCCGCCCAUCUGGCUGGGUUUCCCCAGCCACUCUGGGCGGCUUCCACAAAGACCAAAAGUACACUAAGAUGUCACACAUUAAAAACUUCCCUGAACAAGGCUGCCUUAAGAUGUCUUCUGAAUGUCAGGUAGUUCUUUAUCUCUUUGACAUCUGAUGAGAGGGCGUUCCACAGGGCGGGUGCCACUAUCGAGAAGGCCCUCUGCUUGGUUCCCUGUAGCUUUGCUUCUCGCAAUGAGGGAACCGCCAGAAGGCCCUCGGCUCUGGACCUCAGCGUCCAGGCAGAACGAUGGGAGUGGAGACGCUCCUUCAGGUAUACUGGGCUGAGGCUGUUUAGGGCUUAAAAGGUCAACACCAAUACUUUGAAUUGUGCUCAGAAACAAGGUUGUAGUCCUUGUUCUGCCUAAUUGCAUUGCGUUUCCCCGGACAAGUCUUUUAUCGCACAAUCCACAAAAGCAGUUCCUGCCGAAUUCAAUGUGCAGGGCCCGGCCCACCCAUGAGACAAGGUGAAGGGACCACCUCAAGCGGCAGGAUCCACAGGGCAGCAGAUCCCACUGCAGACCUUAAUUUCUUCCCCUUGUUUGAGAUGUAGAUCUUGACUCCCACAUUCUUUCCUGGUGGGGAGAGAGGUGUCAUUUUUGUGGUUCACUUCAAGUGCCAAAAUGUCUUGGGCCAGCUAAACACAGUUAAAUAUAUAUAGAGAGAGAGUUUUAGUCUUAGUUGCUUUAGGUGGACGAUGGAUAUAUCAAAUAUAGCUAUUAAAAAACAAUUAUUAGAAAAUGCAAUUUUUGUGUAUUUUUAACAACACUGUAAGAAAACCUUUCAUCUCCUAGGAUAGCAACCAAGGAUAGACAAACCUGCCUUGGUCUAUUAGUUUAUUUCACCCCCAUAUUGUCUACUCCAAGGUUAGCCAUCAUGCUGCCCUCCAGAUGUCAUGGGCUACAGUUACCAUCUCCCCAUGCUCCUAUUAAGAUUUUUCCUAAGUUUAAGAGCAGCACAGGAGGUGGCAGGGGAGGGGGAGCAAAGGUUUAACACUUUCUUCUUGCUGUGACCUACCCCCUUGUGCUGCUGACUGGAGAACAGCUGAAGGUGGUGAAAAGCUUGCCAGGAUACACACAUUUUCCAAGGCCUGUUAGGGAAUAUGGUUAAUGCCCAGAGAAUGAACAAAAUUCAUUUGGAUAAGGAAUAAAGACCUUUUAGAAAGGAAAACUCCACGAUGGUUAUCACCUAUAGAAGUGCUAUCAGUAAAGAAGACCAACAUUAAAGGAGAUUGGGGUACCUUUAAAGAUAUUAUAGAAUUCAAAUACGGGAAACCAAACUUAAAAAAGAGAGAAGACAUACAAAACUGGAUCAAAGACUGGGUCCAGUAUUUCCAAUUAAAUGAGAUAUUUAGGGAAGACAAAGAAAGAGGAUUUUCUGAGGAAAACUCAGAACUCAAAAAAGUCUUAUUGGGCAACAAAUAAAAACUAGUUUCAAAAAUUUAUAAAAUCUUAUUAGAGUGGGGAGACUAAGGAAGAAAUAACAAAGACCUCUAUGAUCCAGCGGACAGUUGACCUAGGACACAACUGUGGAAAACCACAAUAAACUUCCCGGCAUGCUAUACCCUAAAAGAGAACCUACAAAAGGUGAUAUAUAGAUGGUACCUCACCCCUAGUAAAUUUGUAAAAAUGUAUAAAAAGGAAACCAAUUUAUGUUGGAAAUGUGAAGAGAUUGAAGGGACAUUUAUACACAUGUGGUGGGGCUGUAAGAAAGCCAAAGAGUAUCGGGAGAAGAUAUACUCAAAACUGAAAAAGAUGUUCAGGGUCUCAUUUCCCAAGAAACCAGAGAUGUUCUUAUUGAGUAUAGUAGAGGGGGAAAUAUCUAAGAAAGUACUUAGUCUUUUCCUCUACACAAUAACAGCAGCCAGAAUAAUUUAUGCCCAAAGGUGGAAGGACAAAAAUAGUCUCACAAAAAUAGACUGGCAAAAUAAGCUAAUAGAAUACAUGGAGCUAGCAAUGUUGACUGCAAAGAUAAGAAAUCAGGAUGAGUCAGAUACAGUGGUGCCUCGCAAGACGAAAUUAAUCCGUUCCGCGAGUAUCUUCAUCUAGCAGUUUUUCGUCUUGCGAAGCAACCCUAUUAGCGGCUUAGCGGAUUAGCGCUAUUAGCGGUUUAGCGGUUAUUAAAGGCUUAGCGGCUUAGCUGCUAAAAGGCUAUUAAAGGCUUAGCGGCUUAGAAAAAGAGGGGGGAAAGCGAAAAAAAAUCUCAAGACUCGCAAGACAAAGCAAGCCCAUAGGGAAAUUCGUCCUGCGAAGCGCAUUGAAAAACGGAAAACCCUUUCGUCUAGCGGGUUUUCCGUCUUGCGAGGCAUUCGUCUUGCGGGGCACCACUGUAUAAAAGAAGAAUGGGAAUACUUUGGUGAAUAUUUAAAGAAAUAUUACAAUCAGAUAAAUUUCCAAGUGGGGUUAGAUAUAUGAGCAGCAGUUAAAAUAAGCAGAAGAAGGGUGGUCAUUAAGGAGAUGCAGCUUAACAAGGACUAAUUAAGACCCCGCAGAGGGGUGUGCAUGGAAGUCAAAGACUGUAAGAUAAACAAUGACAAUAAUUGAUGUACUAAGACAUGUAAAAUGCAUAAAUGAAAAAAGAAAAGAAAGUAUUUAUUGGUUUUAAAAAGAAUGAACAAAAUUCGGUCUAUAUAUACGUAUUUUUCAAGGUGUGCUGAAGAUUAUCUUUAUUGCCUGGGAAAUGUGCACAAUUCCCUCUUCAUGGAAGGAUUAUGUACACAUUCUCCAUGAGGCCUGGUGAAUGUGCACAGUACUGCUCAGCUCAUAUCCCCCUUAACAUGAAACACAAAGUCAGUUUCCUGUUCUGGUUUGAGCAUUAUGGCUGAAAGGCCACCAAAAAGGAAUGAAGAAACACAACAUCUGGCCUUUACUGAUAUCCAUGUAGCAGAAAGCAGAGAAUGGUGAAAGACUGUGAUUUUUAAUCCAUCUAGGAUAUUCUGGAUGCCACUUCGUGGUCAUGAUAUUGUGGGGAUCUCAGGUACAGAAAACUGCAACAAAAAAUCCAAGUUCUGCUACCAAAGAAAAUACAAUCUGUGCACUGAAAGUAAAUGUAGGCUUGGAAAUGUGCUUAACCCUCUCAGUUCGAAUUGCGUGAUUGGGUUUGGAUCAGACACUGCGGCAUCCUAAAAAGCAGCUUACAACUCAGGGUUCUUUCAUCAUUGACUUUUCCCAACCUUCUUGCACAAUUUUUUGUGUGCAGUUUUGGCUUACUUGGCCAAAAACUUCAGGCUGAUUCAUGAGCAACUCUUUGCUGGAAAGUAGUUCUUUGGGAGCUGCCAAAAAAAAGAUCCACAAUGUGGUAUUCGAAUUGCUUUCUAAAAACAAUUGCUUUCAAAAGGCACCAGAUUUCUAGUUCUCAUGGUUAGAAAGAUAUACUAAAUAAGCACAUGGGCAUUUUCUGCUAUAUUCUUAGAAGCAUUUAGAAUAAGGACCCUCCAACACUUCACAGAAUGACUGGGGAAAGCUUGGGAGAAUGCAAUGAUGAUGAAAUUUGCAAGCAAAAGGAAUGCUGUUAAAUAUAAUUGCCAAAAUAAGUUUAUUUGGAGAUGGGCCUUGUUCAUACAGUGCCGGAAUGAUAAAAGUAGCAGAUGAAAUACCUCAUUACAACUUAUUUACUUUAAUGUAGCAAACCAACACUGUGUAGACUUUUUUGAUCUCUCGAUUUUCUCGCUUCUUUGUCUAGUCCUUGUUUAAAGCCGUCCAAGUUGGCAAAUAAAUUAUGCAAAAGAGUAAAGCAGGAGAACUAAAUACAUAAGACUUAUACAUGUCUCCUCAAAUAUGCAUAAUGUAUACAGAAAUGGGUUUAUAUUUAUGCAUGGGCAGCCAUUUCUCCCACCCCAUCUAAGGGUCUCAGAGCUUUGGAUUAAGCCACUAUCUGUACAUUGUUGUUGUUUAGUCGUUUAGUCGUGUCCGACUCUUCGUGACCUCAUGGACCAGAGCACGCCAGCCACUCCUGUCUUCCACUGCCUCCCGCAGUUUGGUCAAACUCAUGCUGGUAGCUUUGAGAACACCAUCCAACCAUCUUGUCCUCUGUUGUCCCCUUCUCCUUGUCCCCUCCAUCUUUACCAGCAUCAGGGUCUUUUCCAGGGAGUCUUCUCUUCUCAUGAGGUGGCCAAAGUAUUGGAGCCUCAGCUUCACGAUCUGCCCUUCCAGUGAGCACUCAGGGCUGAUUUCCUUAAGGAUGGAGAGGUUUGAUCUUCUUGCAGUCCAUGGGACUCUCAAGAGUCUCCUCCAGCACCAUAAUUCAAAAGCAUCAAUUCUUCGGCGAUCAGCCUUCUUUAUGGUCCAGUUCUCACUUCCAUAUAUCACUACUGGGAAAACCAUAGCUUUAACUAUACGGACCUUUGUUGGCAUUUCAAUACUGUUCUAUUUAUCAACCUAGCCAUUAAGUAUCAUAGAUUUGUAGAACUGUUGAGCUGGAAGGGACCCCGAAGAUCAUCUAGUCCAACCCUCUGCAAUGCCGGAAUAUGCAGCUGUCCCAUAUGGGGAUCGAACCUGCAACCUUGGCGUUAUCAGCACUGUGCUCUAACCAACUGAGCUAUCCCAGUGUGCAUCUUGAAUGAUUUGUUCAAGGUAACACUAGCUCCUAUGACUAAACACUUGGUUAACUGAAGACUGAAUAACAGCACACUUUCUCAUUGUGCUGUUCUGUCUAUCGAUGGUAUGUGGUUGUGGUUGUUUAAAGUCAUAAUGAAUCGGAACAGUUUGCCUUUUGUUUAUUUCUUUAGGAUGCAGCCAAGUCCACAGGCUUUUGCGUACUAAUGCUGCUGUUCUCCCACUUUCCCCUGAACGCCUCAUUCAAACAGCUAAAAUAAUAACAAUUAAUCUCUAAGGCAGGGGCUUAACCAAAUAAUCUGAGUAGCUGCCCCCAUUGCAAUGCUUGGGAAGCACGAGUUAUUUACUGUUGCACUUCCUCACGGGUAGCAUUACUGUGUGAGUUAUUAAGCUCUUGAAGAAUGUUAUCUCUUCACAAAGGCUCUAAAUUUGACUACAAAGCCUUCGGAAGUGGCAAGACAGUUGAGAAUGAGCCCUGGAUUAUAAAUAUCGGGAUUUUUAAAAUAUUGAGCCUGAGCCUGAGGCACUGUGAAUGUGUCAGAGUCAGGUUUCCUGUUCUAAGCAGACAUCAAAGGAUUCCUGCGAACUGUGCAAGGGUGUCUGAAAUAUUAGGAUGCCCCACACGUUCAGGCACACACAGACACACCUUGAUGACUGUCCUGAAUUUGGUCCCAAGGACUUGCUGGGGAGUGAACUGGGUAUGGGGGAGGGUUUGGAGGGUUCAGCUUCAAGGGAAAGAUUUGGACUUGAUGGCUACAGGGUCUGAUAGACAUAUAUUCCUUUACAUCCCAGUGUUAGAUGGGAUUCAGAGCAGUCUCCCAUUUAAGACAUUGGUGAGGUCUGGAGAGCAUCUUGGCUUCAGCAACUCUGCAGUUUCUGCCAGGUACUCAACAGACCAUUCACUGGGCCCCAUCACAAAGACCUACUGAACCUACUGAAUCAAGGUUGAAGAAAAGGAGUCCAUCGUGCUACACUUACACGCACAUUGCCCAAACAUUCCUCAUGUUAUCUGCCCCCUCUGUUUCCAUUUGAUGUCAGACAUGUGACUGAGGAGAGCUUUCUUGGUUGAUGCUCACCUGGAACCAGUUCCAAAAUCAUUUUAGCUGUGGUGCCAUUUUAUUUGCCUGGAGUUUUUAUAGUGUAAGCUGGAUCUGACUUGUUGUUUCUUAAUCCGUUCCACUGAAUUGUAUCAGGGUUGUGCGCCUUUUUUAGCUGCUGCUCCAAAAACAAAGGUUGACUAAAUUUACCCAACUGAUGCUUCAGACAAAUGGCACCCCACAUGGUUAGGUCCGAUGUGGUUCCUGGUUUCUAUGGCAGCCACUCUGCUCCCAUAAGGAACAAAGAGGGACAUUUCAUCUGGGCAGGUGGGAAAACAACAUACACACGGACAUUUCCACUCACGCUGCUCUUCUCGCCCACUGGGAAGGUCAGAACACUUUUCAAGUUGUGAGGCGAGGCACAACCUUAAAGCCUUUGGAAUGCAUCAAACUGUGAAGAACAACCUCAUGAUCCUUAGCAAUAUAUUUAAGCUUCCCUAAUUUUGGAGAUCAGUUGGGUUUUACUUAUGUUUCUGAUCUCCAUAGUCCAGAUAUGUGGGGAACACAGUCACGUUCCACAGCUGGAUCUCCACAGUGAGCCUCGGAACUACAAAAGUGUUUUAGGAGAUGUAGGAGGUUUGAAUCAAAUAACGAAAGGGUGAAAACAACCUCUGAAGGUGACUGAACCUCCCCUUCCCCCCGUGAUAUAUAGGUGGGCAGAUCAGGAGAAGAUUUGGGCAUAUAAGAAGAUAGAGGACAGUCACAAUAGCUGUUUCUGCAGAACUUUAGAUUGUUCAAAGCACCUUCACAUGCAUUAUCUUUUGAUCCUUGGAAAGUCCCAUAAUGUAGACACAUAUUUCUCCCCACGUGGUAGAGGUGGACUAAGGCUAAAAGAGAAUGACUUAACUGAGGCCAGCUCAGAGCAUAGAAAGUUGUCUUAUCUCAUGUAAAACCAAUGGUCCGUCUUGCUAAGUAUUGUCUCUGCUGAGUGGCUGCCACUUUCCAGGACCACAGGUAGGAGUCUUUUCUAGUCUUACCUGGAGAUGCCAGUGGCUGAACGUGGACAUUUUACAUGCCAAGCAUGUGCUCUUUAUUGCCAGAAAAAAUCAACUUGUCCCCAGAAGCAGACUUCACCGUGAAUUGAAAGAUGCUGCUAACAUUUCUAUUUUAAACACCAAAAGUUCAAAAUAGAUGGUUGACUUCCUGGAACUAUGCUGGUUCACCGCUAUCCAAGUACAACUAGCUUUAAUAUGAGGGGGGAAAUCUCUGUGUUAACACCAGUUUCCUGAGCCUCUAAUUUACUGGUACUCAGCUUCAUUUAUUGAGGUUUAACACAAAUGUUAGGGAUAGGGAUGCAACAUGCAUGCUGGUUAUAAUCCUAUUACAUGCUUACCUAGGAGUAAGACCCAGUGGGACUUCUGAAUAGGCAUGCAUUAGGUUACAUUGCCAGGGAUAGUAACCUUCUCGCCCUUUUUCUGGGAUACCUUUCAAUCCUAGUUCAGUGUGGUAAGCAAAAAGGAAGUAUUAUUUCUUUGAUUCAUACUGUCAAUCCAAUGCAAACAAUCCUCAGUUUUGUUAUCAUGAAAACAAGGUGUGAUGGUUCCAAAAAUACCUAAUCAUGGUUUGGUGCUAGGUGAAUAAGUCUUAAAGGAUCCAAAGGCUUGCAUACACUUUCCUCUUCUUAUGUGUUGUGAUACGUCCCCUUGUGUGUUGCAGUUCUGUUCAUGGUCUGUGGCAGAAGCCUAUUGCCAUAUUAUUCCAACAGCAGAGCAUGCUUUGUAGUUGUCCUGAAAGCCUGGAUGGGGAACUAGGAUUUCCUGUUCAUUUCCCGUCCUAGGUUGCAGGAGAAACAUGCACUGUAGCUUACUGGAAGCUAGGCAGUGACAAUGGGAUUGCAGUAAUUGAGGGGAGGGAGAGUAAGGAAAAGGGACUCUAUAAACCUGAGGGUCCUCCAAGGCUCCUUCGCCUUGGUAAACCGUGGGCUGUUACUUCAUCCAAACCAGCUCACUGCUUGUGAGCUCCUGGUACACAGGGAGGCUUUGCAAAAGUGGUUCCAACAGGUACUGCUGCAAAGAGUUCCCCACAUAUUGAUGAUUCACACAAUAUUUUCUCCUGUAGGGGUGGAGGACAGCCAUCUUAAAUGACCUGGAGUUCUGUAGGGCACUUCAGAAGCUUUUCAGGAGUGGUGCAAAAUUCCACUUCUCAACCACCUGCAUACUAUGGAGAGAAAACUACAUAUAGAUCACCCAUGUGGUGUAAUUAAUAAAAGAAUUGGCUGGCUCCCUAGAUCCAAAGUGCAGGGCUAAAUGCACUCUCCAGUAAGAGAGCCCCAGCAGAGUUUAAAAGUCACAAAAUAUGCAGUGACAGUGAAGCAUUAGGAAUAUAGGCUGUUAGACCUUUUAAUAUCCCAUUUAGUCCACUGACAGCGCUCCCCCAUUUCUACACCUCUCGCAAACAGACCACACUGUUUAGUAAGUUUAAAUGCUUUACUUAGAGAGUUCAAAGGUUAGAUUCAUGUGCUAUUCCAUGCAGCAAGAAGUAAACACAGGCAGAAAUCUUGGGAUACAAAAUAUUCUGAAAUAGCUCUAAGCAUGCAGUCUGAGCUUGUAACUUGGUGAGUUCACAUGGUGAAAAAGAGUGGACAAAGAAGGAAACUUAACUUCCCUCCAGGUGAGGGGCAUGACCUAGCUGAGUCUAAGAAUACAAUUCUAUGAUCUUAACCCCUUCAUGCAUUAACUAGCCCUAAGCUUGCUAGUUAAAUCUGACUGCGAUUUCCCACAUAUACUUCCUUUAGAGAGCUGCCAUAAAUUCACUGUAGGUACAAAACCUCUUUUUAAAUGUCUGGAAAUGAAAUACUCUCAAAGUAAAUUCUUUAGUCUUUGAUUGUUAUUCCAGUGGGGUCUUAUGUCUUUUAGAGGUGAAGGGUACACCAAAGUGCACUUGAAAUGACAGGACAUGUUUUUAAACAAGAUAUUUCAGAGCACUAAUUGGGAGUUUGGGGCAUGAGAGGCACUCGGUGACAUAUUUAGAAGAACAGGCACGAAAGGCCAUGGCUCUGAUACUAUAAUACAACCCUAGGAACUGUCAGCAUGGAAGGAAGGGAUGUGGAAUGGUAAAGUGAUGCUCUUCUGAGGGUGAGGAUCAAGAAUUGUUUCAUGGUAUACUGCUGUGCUCCUCUGCCAUUUCAAAGUUAGCCUUUAGCUUCUAAUUCCUGGAUUUAGAGCAAUCGUUGAGAUCCUGCUGAGAAUUAAUUGGCACGUGCCCUUUAGCUUAUCCAGAAAACGGGACUAACGGGUAAAGAGCAAGCCUUGCCGCCUUCCCUCGGUCAGUUUUGUCUUUUUCAUGCUAGCCUCCUGCUGUUUGGUUGCUGGUUGUUAGCUUUAUUCAAUGCAGGGCAAAGAUGACACAUUAUUGAGAGAAAUAAAUACCCUCCACUUCCCGCCAUAGCUGCCUUGUUAUUUUCUUGAAGGAGGCUGACAAUCUCCUCCCGAACUUGUCUUUCUAAGGUCUCUGUGACAUGAUUAGCUGCUGUAACUUUGCAGUCGGCUAUCACGCUAGCAUUUGUGUUGGUUUUAAGGGACUAUGCAACUCCCAUGGCCACCAAUUAGGCUGCAAGUCGGUGACGUUUCAGGUAAAGCGAAUCUCAGGCAAAGGAAAUUGCUUGUGUGUGAAGUGCGCCUUGAUUGACCUCCUGGAGUCAAGGUCUUACAGGAGGAAGGGAAUCAAUUCGUUAUAUACACUCCUCUCUCCAGAGGAGCUGCAGUCCCUGGUGAAAUCUGAAAGCUGAGGUUCAGAAGACUUUAGAAAUUAAAUCCAUACUGAUGGAGCACGCAGAAGAUGUAGAACAUAUGUAACAUAACAGCUCUCUUCAAAUAUAUGAGGAGUUGUCAUAUAGAAAGUGGGGCAGGCUUGUUUUCUGCUUCACUGGAGUGCAGGGCUAGAACUAAUGAGAAGGAAAAGCAAGGAGGCAGAUUUUGGUUAAUCAUUAGGAGGAACGUUCUAAGAGGAAGAAGUGUUUGCGUGGCGAGUUCCCGCCUCCCCCCAUAGAAAAAAAGACACAGGACACAAGAAUUCGAGUUAAUGGGUCAAAUUAGGCCACAACUUCAUUGAUUACAGGAAUGGAGCGGUAUUGGCUUAGGCAUUGGUCCUACAACUGACCGGCCUGGCCGGUGAGGGUUAACCACCAGUGGGAGGAGUCCUGCUGAGGCACAUCAACUAGGACCUCCCCCGGGGUCACCGCGUGGGGGCGUGCCGUGGGCCCACACCUCCAUAGGCUUAGGGCGAGGCCACGCCCCCCGGAAUCCUUUACCGGACUACCCUUUAUUUGGGAGAAGGUGAUGGCGCUCCUUCUCCCCCUUCAUCUGCACAACAAUAGACUGUACCCCCACCAAUGCCUACCGCCAAUACCGUGGAGUUGUGACGGUUUGCUACGAGGUAGGCGAAAACCAAAUGGCUGGAGCCAAUCUGCCAGAUGGAAAAAUUCCUACCAGGCCCCUUGACGGCGACCAACCGAGGUUCAUAGCAGCGUCAGAGAACCUAGCCUAACGGGUGGGAGCAGAGGGAAAACCAGGUCAGCUGCGGCGUGGGAAAGAGAGAGGUCCUCGGCCGCCCCAGACCUAAGUAGGCGAGGCCACGCCCCCCCGCCAGCCGAUUGGCUGGCACGGGGUAUGACGCGGCUGAGGAUUCCCUGCUAUCGCGUGGGGGGAGGGGCGUGAAGCCCGCAACCCCACCUCCUCCCUAGCUCGGAAGCGGAUUUUGUGUGCAACAUACGAUCACAAUAGGCGGUGGGAAGUUCUGCUUUUCUGCAGCUAUUUAAGCAUGGCCCUCUGCCAGGGAUGCUGUUGUUUCAAGAAUCCUGCACUGUGUAGGUCAGCUUGACUGCAUGAUCUCCAAGGUCCCUUUAAGUCCUAAAAUUCUAUGAAUCAGUAAAUACGUUGCCGAGCAUUAUAUGCAGUAAAAGCAAGAAAGACCAUGGUAGCAAAGAACUUAAAAACCUCUGGAAAUUAUAUGCAGCGCUUAAAAUGGACAGACGCAAGCCAUAAAACGACGUACCGUAUUUUUCGCUCUAUAAGACACACAUUUUCCCCUCCAAAAAUUAAGGGGAAAUGUGUGUGCAUCCUAUGGAGCGAAUGCAGGCUCCUUGGCUUCAGCGAUAGCAACCCGAAGCCUCAGAAGCGCAGUGGGAGCGCUCCCGCCGCGCUCCGGAGGCUUCAGGUUGCCUUCACUGAAGGCGAAGGCAAUGUGGGAGAGGAGAGCUGUGCAGCGCCCCUUCAGCGAAGCGGGAGGAGAAAUGGAAAGGGCUCCGUUUCUCCUGCCGCUUCGCUGAAGGGGCACAGCACAGAGAGGGGGAGAAUUUUUUUUCUUGUUCUCCCCCUCUAAAACAAGGUGUGUCCUAUGGUUAGGUGCGUUCUAUAGAGCGGAAAAUACGGUAACUCUGCGUUGCCGCUACCACUAAUUCUCUCUGUUGUUUCUAUAGAUGAUAACAUCAUUUCUCACAACUUAACCAGGUUGUACUGAAUUAACACUGCAGCUAAAUCCGUCCACCUGUGGUGGCCCCCCAAAAGCACCAUUGAGUGAUAUCACAAGGCCUGCUGUCUAAAAUCAGGCCUGUGUCCGGGCUUCAGACAAUCUAGCAGAAGUGUGCAGGCAAUUCUCAUAUCUAUGUAGGGUCUGAAUUAACGCUUUAUGUGGUGGCUUGUGCGUUUUUGCUCCUGCUCAGAAUUAUGUUCUUGCAUAGGACAGGGAAGAGAAUUAAUCAGAAGUGGGGGAAGAUUUAUAAUUUACAAAGAGUGUCCCCCCAAAAAAAUGUUUAGAGGCAUGAUGCUUAGCAUUGAAACAGUGGGGCAGUGAGUCCUCCAGGAGUGAAUUUUGUUGUUGGGGAUGAAGAUACUGACGUAGAACAUUUUUUUAAAAAGCCACUCUGAAAACCUUUUCAAAUUUCCAAAGCAAAUAAAAGGAAGCCUAAACCAUAGGGGUUAAGAAUGGAGACCAUGGGCUGGGGAGUCUGUGGCUUAAAUCUCAUCUCGGCACCAAAUUUUCUAGGUGAGUUACGGCCUUGAGAAACUCCACAUGCAAUAAGGGGAUAAAAAUACUUCCCUGCCUCAAAUUGUUCCUGUACAAAUUUCUAAAAUGGUGGUUGUUCUCAUUAAUUUCAUUCCUAUACCACUUUACAUUUUCAAGAUAAGACUGAAUGCUGUUUACAUCCUGCAUUAAAACAUCAAAUAAAACAAUCUAGAAUAAAACAUUACUGUAGAAAGUCAAAUAUAAAGCAUACAUUCAAAGCAACAUAAUUAACAGGAAAUUAAAAUAUUAUCUUAAAGAUUUCAAAACAGAACAUUGCAAAAGAGGCCAACUACAGAAUGCACAUUUAAACGUAGCAAAGUUAACCCAACCCUUUUUAUCUUAAACAUUUCAGAAGAAAACAUUACUAAAGGAAAUCAAAUAUAACAUGCACAUCUAAAAACAGCACAAUUAACAAGAGAAUAAAAUAUUAUCAUAAGCAGAGGACAUAUCUGCUGCUAUUGCUGCCAGUCCAGUCAGUGGAGGUUCAUGGCAGGCGGUGGCUGUGGAAACUCAGUGCAGACUCAGGUCAUCGUCUAAGAGACAGCCAAGAUGGUCCUUGGCCUCUUCAGCAGCUUCAGCUUUUGUAGCUGGAGUCAGUCAGGGCGCCGCCCUCCCAGGUCAGGUGGGAAAAGGCCUGGAAGCCAGGGAGCAAGUUUUCCAGAACCAACAGCUAAGAUGGCUCAAAAACGAUGUAUGGGAUUUGAAUACUUCAAAUGCACCAUAUACCGGUAAAUCCUGGGUAUUAUUAUAGUUACGUGCAAUCUGAAUUACGUAGGCUUUUACAAAUCCAUUCUAUUUGGAUAAUCAGGAGAAACCUUUUUCACAAAGGCUGCAGUUUACCAUUGCCAAUGAUUCCAAAACAUUUACUCCCUUUUGCCUUCCAAUACUUUCAUCACCGGAAGGAAUCCUUGAUGAUCCACAGUUGUCAAAAGGAGGACACAUUGCGUGGCGAGUUCCCACCUCCCACCAGUAGGAAUAACGACACAUGACACAAGUCUUUUAGGUUAAUGGGCUAAAAUUGGCCACAACUUUAUUGGUUACUGGAAACGAGCGGUAUUGGCUUAGGUAUUGGUCCUAUCCGUCUAUCCGGCUUCAGCCUGUUUGCUUGAAGACCGGGAAGGGUUAACACCAGCAGGGGGAGCCCUGCUGAUGCACAGCAACUAGGGACUCCCCCAGGGGUCACCGCUCGGGAGCGCGCUUUAGGCCCUGACCUCCAUAGGCUUCAGACAAGGCCAAGCCCCCUGGAAUCCUUUACCAGACUACCCUUCAAUAUUCGGGGGAGGGGAUGGCACUCCUCCCCCCCAACACAUCUACAUAACAAUACCCCUACCAAUGCCUAACCGCCAAAACCAAAGAAGUUGUGACGAUUUGCUACGAGGUAGGCAAAAAACCAAAUGGCCAGUGCCAAUUUGCCAAAUGGAAAAAAUUCCUACCAAGCCCCUUAACGGCAACCAACCGAGGUCCAUAGCAAGGUCAGAAGGGAAACCUUGGAGGGCGGGCAGGUGGGAAACCUAAGAAGCUGAGCGGCCAAAGAGGGAGAUCCCAGGCCGCGCUUGCCUUAAAUGAGGCAAGCCACACCCCCUGAGCCAGCCGAUUGGCUGGCCAGGUGAUGACGCGGCCCGAGGAUUCCCCUGAUCGCGCAGGGCUGGAAGCCAGCCUCCGCGUGUGUGUUGGAGGCGUGAAGCCCGCAACACCAGCUCCUCCUGAGGUCGGAAGUGGCUUUUUCAUAGACCACUUGCUGCUGCACUAAUCACAGUCCAACCUGGAAAAGAGGGUCAGUGAAAAUUUUCCGGGACGUCCAGCAUAGGUGGGGUUUUAAUAAUAGGCUCUGUGGCAGGUGAGAAAAUGAUCCUGACUCUUGUAUUAGCUGAGAUGGGCUGAAAGCGGCUGCUUUCUUUCUUUUUUUCUUGCUCCACAGCUGAAACAGAAACAGAUUGUCUGAAGGGCAGAUUGUUCUUCCCAAGAUCUUGUCAGCCAGUCUUCUAAAUACAUGUAAAUAUGGGUCCCUUGGCGUCCUAGAUGAGCUGUCAAGUCUGCAAGGCACACAAUGAACAUUCCGGAGACGUGACGUAUUUUAAAGGGGGUUUAUUUUGUUUGGGGCUUGGUAAAUACUAGGGCUGCGAAUCAGUGUAAAACUGAAACAUUAGAGAUGAAUCAUUUAAAUUGGCUAUAAAUAAUGGCUUUCCUAGGGCCACAAAAUAAUUUCAUACCUCUAGAGGGAGUGAGCCUAGUGGCAGAACUCAGCAAAGGCAGGCAGCUGUCUGGGCCAGAGCACACAAAUAGGCUCAUCAGCACUAACAACUGGGCCUUCUAUUACACUGGGUGCUCCAAAGCACUGUGGGGAGUUUCAAAAUGGCAAUCCAUAGCUGCCUACAAACAGGGCAUCUUAUCAAUGAAGAGGACACAGUGCCAAGGGCCUUCUCAAAUCUGGAUGUGGCCCUGAGAGAUAGGCGUUGGAAAUUGAGCUUGGGGAAGGUAAUACGUAUGGGGAAAUGUUUACAGUACCAAGAUCUAUAUGGUACGUCUUCCGAUUUCAGGCAGAAUCAGUUGAAGUCUGACAAUCCAGUCCUAGACACAGGAAGAAUAAAAUAAAACAGCCUGCUAUUUCCUCGCGUGGAAGCUGCAUUCUCCACGCUGUCAUCAUUUCAGCAAGAUGUUAUAUAAAAAUCAGCAAUUGUAGGAGACUCAGCUUUUUGGUGCUUGUCUUGGAGAGAGAGUGGGGGGGGAGGAGAGGGAGAGGGUUUAGUUGCAGGUGCUUUGCUAGGUAACCUUGUACAAGCUCCUUGGCGCUGGUUUGCAAAAACACCUGAACAUCCACCGUCUGUCGUCCGUUUGGCAUUCUGAGCCAUUCCCAGGCUCCUCACUCUGACAGUGUGUGCGAAUCACUUGGGGAUUAUGUGAAGUCACUGAUCAGCCACCUCAAUCUAAAUACCUCUCAGCAAGAAUUCUGCCUUGUAUUUGCUUCAGCUUGUGCCCUUUUAUUUUUGAAGCCCGUGUCUCUCUACCAGUACAGUGGUACCUUGGUUUAUGAACUUAAUCCGUUCCGGAAGUCCGUUCUUAAACCAAAACCGUUCUUAAACCAAGGCUCGCUUUCCCUAAUGAGGCCUCCCACCGCCGGUGCCCUUCCACUGUUCGGAUUCCAUCCUUAGACCAAGGUAAAGUUUGCAAACCGGGACACUACUUCCAGUUUUGCAGAGUUCGUAAACUGAAUAGUUCGAAACAGGGCUGUUCUUAAACCAAGGUACAACUGUAUAUUAAAUCCCUGCUUUUCACAUGUGCAGUCUCUUUCUAGAUCAUGAGACAGCCAGCAGGGCUUGUCGUUUUCCAUCCUAGGUGCACAGUAAAAAAAAGGGUAAAGGACCCCUGACAGUUAAGUCCAGUCACAAACGACUCUGGGGUUGCAGCGUUCAUCUUGCUUUAUAGGCCAAGGGGGCAGGCAUUUGUCUGCAGACAGUUUUUCUGGGGUCAUGUGACCAGCAUGACUAAGCCACUUCUGGUGCAACGGAACACCAAAACAAGAGCAGCGCACGGAAACGCCAUUUACCUUCCCACCGGAGCGGUACCUAUUUAUCUACUUGCACUUUGACGGGCUUUCAGACUGCUAGGUUGGCAGGAGCAGGGACUGAGCAACGGGAGCUCACCCUGUCGUGGGGAUUUGAACCGCCGACCUUCUGAUCGGCAAGCCCUAGGCUCUGUGGUUUAGACCACAGCGCCACCCGCAUUGGUAGUAGUGGUGAAAUCAUGGUGGUGCAACCCCACAGAGUAGUCCCUAAUGUGUUUUGUUGUGUUCUUCACAUGUUCAAGUUGUUGUAGCAGUCAUUUCAUUGCUGCAACCUUCUCAGUGUACUGGGAGACAAUGGGGCUUUAAGCUGGACCGUUCACCAUGUCUGUCUCGUAUGAUCUGUUGUGUCAUGUGAUAUUUUUGAACAGGCUAGGCACUGCAUCAGUAGUUGAGGAGGUGGGACAUCAGCCCGAAACCAACCAACCCAGUGGUAGAAAAGGGGGCAGACCCACACAGGCAGUUGAUUUCAUCCCACUGAAGUUCCAAAGCUUUCCUUGCCUCUCCCACUUCUACAUCCCAGAGUUUACACUAAAACUGGCAAGCUGUACUUUGGCUAAAACUGAGCAUUAAACGUGUAAACCUCUUGUAGUUUUCUGCAGUUCACAUUACAGUGCAUUAAUUUCAGCUCUUUCCUAGACAAAAUAAAACUCUGGAUAUUUGGUCAACUGCUACAGAAAGAGAUUUUCUAAGUAAGUCAUCUUGCUCCUGGAUAUUAAUUCCAAAGGACCGAGGCAGCCUGACAUUUUCUAUCAGCUCCUUUGCUUGUAAGAGAGAACUUUAAUACACUGUGAUAUCAUUAAUAAUGAUGAUGUAUAGAGGUUCCUCAGCAGGAGCCAGAAGUAGUGCAAGAUUAAAGCUCUCCCUACAUGCUGCUGCUUAAGAAUGGAGACACUGACAGUAUGCAGUAUUAGUUGGCUUCAGCGCUCCAUCAGCCAGAGAAAAUCCAUCUACUAAGAUGAAUGACAGUUCCCAGUUCUCUGUCUCAUUCUAGCGCAGGGAUGAGCAACCUUGUUCAGCCCUGAGGGCCUCGUUCCCUUAUGAGCAUCCUUCCAAGGGCUGCAUCCCAGUGGUGGAUGGAGGAACCAGAGGCAAAAGUGGGGUGGAACCACAUGUGUCACCUUUGUACAUUGAAAGUCAGAGCUUCCUUCACUCCUCACACACAUAUUUCUAUCCAGGCAAACAAGAGGUGCAAACGCAGUUCAAGGACACAUUCCAACCAGAAGAUGCACUCAGGAAGGGUGCAGAGUAGGAGCACUGAGGGAUGUACCCUGAGGAUAGGGGGUGUGGACUGGGAAGUAUCACAAGGGCCUGACAGAGGGACCUGGAGACCUUGAAGUUUCCUCAGCCCUGCUCUAGUGUAGUGAAGAAGCAGAACCUAGGAUGCUUUGUAGAUGAAGAGGUGGAGCUGCAGAGAUGGGCAUGAGCUUGAUUUGCAUUUUCUUGGGCAGCUAAGAGGGCAGAGAACAUACUCAGCCUCCACUCCAACAGUGUCUUCUAAAAGUGCACUUCUUUAGCUUUUCCUACCUCAGCCUGUGGUUGCCUAUUAUUCUCACAGAGAAAAGGGUACCAAGGGCGAAACAUUUCCUCUCGAUGUGAUGCUAGAUGGCCUAGCACCCCAAAAAAUAAAUAAAUGGUGGGAUGUCUUUGUCCCAUAUAUUAGAUUUCAGAAGGAUAAUUAAAGGUAUGUUUCAUAUUAAGGUUUAGUCUUGCAGUCUUAGUUUAGUUUUCCAUACACACCCACACACCCCAUUCCUCAUAAAGAGAUGCAUUUUUCUUCAGAAAACAGUUCAUAUUUAUGUAGCACUUUAGAAUGUUCAAAGAUCCGCAGAGGUACCUUAUCUUGUGAAAAAAGAAUGCAUUAAUCUUGCAGAUAGUGCCACAGCUUUCCACAGCUUCCUGUCAUAACUAAGGAAAUUCUGCUUUUCGAGGAGGGGUUGGAUGUCAUUGAGGAAGCGAAAAACUGGGUUCAGGGACAAUCCCUAGAGAGAGCGUCACUGCUUUGCCAGAGGCCCCUGUUGGGAGUCACAGGACUCAACAGUGAGGUCACCUGCAUGGCCUGAUAGUGCAUGUAUGCCCCUCAUCUUGGUCUCUGAGGACUCCUCUGAACCCUCAACAGUUUUUGAGGGCACUCCUCUUCUGCCACACCACAUCCAAGGGCAGCAGGAGCCUCUCCAGUUCUUCCUGAUCCAGUGCCUGAGAAAUAGGAUGGCCCCUUUAAACCCCAACAGUUUCAUCAGGGGAGCCAAGCUUGGAGAAAGCAGCCAAACAGAAUGAGCACUUAAGCUGUGUUGGCUCUGGACCAUCAUUGGAGCAGCAUCCUAUUCUCAUGUCUCCUCUGAGUCUUUUAUCCAGACCAGACUUCAUAGAAUCAUAGAGUUGGAAGAGACCACAAGGGCCAUCGAGUCCAACCCCCUGCCAAGCAGGAAAACACCAUCAGAGCACUCCUGACAUAUGGUUGUCAAGCCUCUGCUUAAAGACCUCCAAAGAAGGAGACUCCACCACACUCCUUGGCAGCAAAUUCCACUGUCGAACAGCUCUUACUGUCAGGAAGUUCUUCCUAAUGUUUAGGUGGAAUCUUCUUUCUUGUAGUUUGGAUCCAUUGCUCCGUGUCCGCUUCUCUGGAGCAGCAGAAAACAACCUUUCUCCCUCCUCUAUGUGACAUCCUUUUAUAUAUUUGAACAUGGCUAUCAUAUCACCCCUUAACCUCCUCUUCUCCAGGCUAAACAUGCCCAGCUCCCUUAGCCGUUCCUCAUAAGGCAUCGUUUCCAGGCCUUGGACCAUUUUGGUUGCCCUUCCUCAGGCUCGGCCCUCCAGAUGUUUUGAGACUACAAUUCCCAUCAUCCCUGACCACUGGUCCUGCUAGCUAGGGAUUAUGGGAGUUGUAGGCCAAAAACAUAUGGAGGGCUGAGUUUGAGGAAGCCUGAUCCAGAUUGACCCUGAACCUAAGUCCAUAGUGAGCUGACCGUGGUCCUGAUCUCCUGUGAACUACCCUAGCCUUGGUUCCAGCUGGGAUUCAGUCACCCCUUGUGGACCCCAGCUUAUAAGGAAGAGGUAACCAGCAACAUUUGGAGAACCACACUGACCACUCCUGCUGCUGUAACAGGAUAACUAGAUCUGCACUUUCUCUUGUACACUAGAACCAAGUGCAGCUUUCCCCGUCUUCCUUUUGUUCUCUAUUCAUUUUAUACUCAACUACUAGUUUUGAUAUCAUUUGUUUUAAAAAGUUGCAUCACUGUAUUAGUUAUAAUACAGUAUAGUAAAAAGGCACACUUGUAUAUUUGCUGUAUUUUUUAUGGUUUCAGUAAUUCAACAGCAAAAGCAUUGAAGCCCCACCCUAAAUACUGGUAAUUUUUCCUCAGUUAUUUCUUUGGCUUCUCAGUUUCCAGCAGUCAUUAUCCUUCCACUUUAAAGCAUAUAUUCAAGGCAUAGGAAGUAGAGACUUUUUUAUAUAAAAAAAUGAGGUUUUCAGAAAGCAGUUCUGUGCCUAAUAGCACUUUCUGCACUUCUGUAGAACUGCAGCAAAGUUGGAAGGCAAAAGAAUGAUAGUUGUAAGGUACAAUGAACUUACAUUACACCAAAGCAUUAGAAAUGCUAUAAAUUAUUGACUUUUUAAAUUUGGCUAUGUGUAGUGCCACCCUGCUCAUGCUUUCUCACUAUGUUCAAUGGAGCUUAAUCUUGGAAGUGUGUGUAGGAUUAUUAAAUUGAUCUGCUUUCUGUUUUUACGUGUGUGUGGAAUGAUUCAUGGCUCCAGUAUCUUAUAUGGGUGUGACAUAAGGUACAGUAACCAUGAAUAAUGCAACAGAUACUUAAAAUUAAAAAGCAGAGCAAUGUAAGUUACUAAAAUUUGGUUUUUAGAGCAUUUAUAACUCUGCUGUAAUUUAGAUUCAUUGUAGUUAAACUGACAAUGGAUUUAUGGAAGGUUUCAUACAAGAAUGGAAAUGGAAUCAUGUCUGUGCAAACUCUCAAUUAGCCAUAAUUAACAUGUCAGUGAGCUAUCAAAGACAUGCUAAUAGUUGGUAAAUAAUUCCUUAAUUAGGAACACUAAUAGUAGCAGGUACAAUUGAGGCAUCACACAGCGUUAGGCAUGGAGUGAUUAGCAUAAAAACCUGAAAUGUUAUCCAUGCACAAAUAAGGGUUAGCCAUUCAUUGGAAUGAACAAGCCAAUGUGUAUAUUGGCUUCAUCAGAAUAAUACCAGUAAUGAAUGUAUUCCAAAACCCAUUCUUGUUUACUUUUGCAAAUCAUAAAGCACUUUUUUUCAAUAAUAUUGUGAAGAACAUUGAUUAGUCAGUUAUUACUUCUGAUACAAAUAAGUACAGUGGUGCCCCACAAGACGAAUGCCUCGCAAGACGAAAAACCCGCUAGACGAAAGGGUUUUCCGUUUUUCGAUGCGCUUCGCAAGACGAAUUUCCCUAUGGGCUUGCUUCGCUAGACGAAAAAGUCUUGCGAGUCUUGCGAUUUUUUCCGCUCCCCCUUUUUCUAAGCCGCUAAUAGCCUUUAGCCGCUAAGCCGCUAAUAGCCUUUUAGCCGCUAAACCGCUAAUAGCGCUAAUCCGCUAAGCCGCUAAUAGGGUUGCUUCGCAAGACGAAAAAACCGCUAGACGAAGAGACUCGCAGAACGGAUUAUUUUCGUCUUGCGAGGCACCACUGUAGCCGUUGCAAAUGCAAUAGAUAAAAUUGUUAGUUCAUGCAUGAGAAACUGAGUACUGUGCUUUUGUGGGGGUUGUUACACAUUUAAAUAAAAAUAAAACAUCUUUCUGGAGAGAGAGAGAGAGAGAGAGAGAGAGAGAGAGAGCGCAAAAUCUGUGCAUUUUCCCCUUUGGAGAGGCAGUAGAGGAAGCUGUUUGAAUCCAAACGGCUUCUGGGUGGUGGUGUUGUUGUUCUUUGGUAGGAGGUGUUUAACUGCAAAUGGCGUGAACAAUUUGAUUUUGAAUCCAUGGCAUACUAUAGCACCAAGUAGUCAGUUAAAUAGUACAUUUACAUGUUUACAGAAUGCAGUUCUGCUGCCCAUAACUCUAAGCCUCUCCCAUCACAUUUUACAGUGGGGAGGAGGGAACCAAAUCUAUUUCACUUUCCUCUUUCAUUCCAGAUAUGGGAUGCUAUUUGUGAGAGUGCACUUUACAAUCUUUUCAAAAAAACAUCUGUGGGCUCCCUUUUCUCUGUUUUCAGCAUCUUCAUCAGCUUCUGUUCCCUUCUUUCGUUCUUCCUCUUCAUCAUCCUCUUCCGGUUCUUUCGGUUCUCCUUCCACCCUUUCAUCUGGCCCAGGGUUCAUGUUCGGAUGAAGGGCUUCUUUCCAUCCUCUCUCCAUAUCCCUUUGUAUCUGGUGGCCGAUGCCCUGAUCUUCGGGUAGCAGCCUCAAAGGAAGCCGCAGCAACGUUCAGGCUUCAUUUGCUUGCACAUGUCUGAGCAUGUCUUUUAUAAGAGGAUGCCUAGGGUUGAUUUGCAAUGCCUUCUGUUGGCGUGCAUAGUAAUAUGUAGGAAUUGUGGAGUCCGGUAAGUCUGAGCUUUCACAAUUCUUUCCAUGUUGAUGGGCCACACACACUGACUAAUGGCAUCUUUCCCCCUCUGCAGAGACUUCAAAGGGACUUCACUUUAAAAGCUGAUUGGGUGUUAUAGCAUGUCUCUUUGAAGGCCCGCCCCCAGCAACCUGUCAACUGAUUGGUGCUGAAAGUGCACCCUCAAAAGAGGUUUCCUCUCUUUAACUUUGGCAGACGUUGUGCCCCUCUGGGUCGUUAGACCCAAAAUAAUCUUCAGUCCUUAACAAGCCUCCUGGUAAUCAGACCAAAAUUACCUUUCUGUCAAUAUCAAGCCCCAUUUUCACUUGCAACAAUUCUGUAAUAAUUAUGGUGCCCUAAUGAAGCACUAUUACAGUGCUAUUAGCAUUUCAUAUACAAAUCCUUUUUCCUGGGAGCUUUUAACAUUGAAAAAUUUUAUGUUGCCAUGCAUUUCAGAACACUGACACUUUUAAUACCACAUGCAUCUCUCUCUUUCUCUCCUUCUUCUACAGUUAAAAAACAGGAUUGUACAACAGUCUAAUAUUAUUACAUAUUGUAAUUACACACCCUAAUUACAUGAUUGCAUGCCUUUACACUAAUUGCACAAUUAAACGUCAUUACAGCAAUUACACGAAUACAUUUGAAUCAAUUAAGAAUUGCCUUAAAAUGCACGGGCAAUUCACACAACAAACACAUAUACCAUGGGUGUAUUGGCAACCCCACAAGAAUCCCCAUUCCAUUAUCCCAUCGCAUCUGAUAUUCCACCCUCUAGCUUCAGUUUCUUGCUUUCUUCAAAGUUUUCUUGUAGGUAGGUUUGCAAAUGUUUAGUAUAGACUGGAGUCAGAACAAGUUGCUGUGCUCAAAAUGAAAAUGAUCCUUUUAUUGCUAUUUCUUCGUUUUCUUACAUUUAUCUCAGAAUAUUCGUUUCAAAUAGUUUUUACACUUGUUUCUGAUUUCUCCAGGCAUCCCUAAUCUAGAAUGCUGUGCAGAACCCUGCAAAAAUAUUGUUCCCGUGUUGUAUGAGGAAAAAUGCAUGGUCAUAAUGCUGGCCGUUAUAGCACUGCUGGUGCCACUAGAUAACCCAAUGGGCAAGGAGAUGGGGCAGCUAUCAGCUGCCGCCCCCCAGCUGUGAGUGGCCUUCCAUAACAGAUCAUGUUCCCCGACCCCCAAGCAAGCCAGUGGGUCCAAGUGGCAGCAGAUGCACGGAAGGUAGGCAAGUUAUAGGCCCCGAUGGCAUGUGGGCCCUGACAAAUGUCCCAUUCUGCCGGGUGCUGAUUCCAGGCCUGUUUCAUUCACGUGAGCAAAGCUGACCCUGUUCUUUCAUGGGCAAGUAAGCUGUGGGGCUUCCGACUCCUGAAAUGAUGGCUUCUUUGUGUAUCUUCAAGAAAGUGGUUUAGGCCUUGAACAUUCUUUUUCUUAGCACUGAGCAUAACUGUUUAAAGCUCAACAAGCGUGUCUCGAGAGAUAAGCACAUUUCUUUUCAUGGAGCAAUCCUUCUUUCUCUUGAAGGUACCAAUAAAAGCCUCACUCGAGAUAAAGAUGCCGUCCUCAGCUGGCUUGGCGGUUGUUAUGUUUUAUGCAGUUUGUUCUCUUUAAGAGAUGUUUCUGAAAUUGCGUAAUCUACCCAGCAUUAGACAUUUAGAGCCUUCUUUCCAGAUCGUCCCAAACCAUAUAACUUUCAGCAAGGCUCAUACCAUCCCUGUCACGUCCACACAUACACUGGAUAGGGAAGUAGCUACAAAUGGGAGCAGUCCAUGUCACCAUUCUCCGCUGCUGCCUUUAGGGGAUCAGGAGCAGCAGAGUCAGUCGGGAGCAUACAGUAAAUCACAUGAAGUAAGUGGACUUACCUCUUUAUUAGAAGAAGGCUCUGUACAGGAGCAUCAGGCCUAGUUGUAAAGACUGAAUGUCCCUGCCUUUCUGACAGCUAUCUAAAUCCCACCGCUCUGUAGGGCUCUGCCCACACAAUCUGAGACUGUGCCUGCUUGCCUUCCUUUGCUGUACCCCCUGUGAUGAUUUGGUCUGGAUUGGUGAUUUAUAACCACAGCAGUGUGGCCUUUGGGUGGCUGGUGGGUCAGAGCUUGCAGAGCACUCAAGCCGUGCCCCCAGCCGUAAAUGUUUGUGUGAGUUUCUCUCACAGCGUUGCUGUUUCCAAAAUGAUUUCCCUUCGAGGUGGGAGGAAUAAAUAUGAUGUUAAUCAUUUGGACAAGGGCACUAGGUAGGCCAGAUCUAGUCACAAACAUUGAGUAUUUAAUUAAGCGUAUUUAGGACCGUUACCAUCAGAGGUUAGGGGAAAUGGGGAGAGAAGGAAAGCUUCAUUAUAAGUGAACAUCAAGAAUAAGGCUGACUGACGGUUGGCUGCUGCAACUAGGGGGUGCGUUGGCUAAGCUAAUCGUACAGAUCUUAAAUUUUUAAUCAAACCUACUUGAAAAACUUGGGAGCCAUGAUAACUGGCCACCAUUCUCUGGGAAUCGCACUAUGCAAUGUUGGCAAAGCUGCAUCAUGUGGAAAUUGACUUACCUGAAUUCAUCUUUUGUAAUGGCAGGCCUAUGUUUUACCCUGACACACAUUUCCCAGUGCUCUCUGUGCACCUGUUACUCAUUUGUAAAAGGUAAAGGUAAAGGGACCCCUGACCAUUAGGUCCAGUCGUGACCGACUCUGGGGUUGCGGUGCUCAUUUCACUUUAUUGGCCGAGGGAGCCGGCGUUUGUCCGCAGACAGCUUCCGGGUCAUGUGGCCAGCAUGACUAAGCCGCUUCUGGCGAACCAGAGCAGUGCACGGAAACGCCGUUUACCUUCCCGCUGGAGCAGUACCUAUUUAUCUACUUGUACUUUGUGCUUUCGAACUGCUAGGUUGGCAGGAUACUCAUUUGUAGAGUAAGAUAAAAAGGUGUGCAUGUAUGUCGUUGGUAAAAUGGGGAUAAAUAACCUGCAUCCCUCCAGAUGUUGAUGGAGUCCUGCUCCUAUCAGCCUCUCCCAGCAUGCCCUCUGGUUAGGGAUAAUGGGAGCUGGAGUCCAGCAACAUUGGUAAGACUGCAAGUGACAGAGGUCAGUCACUAAACGGGAUGAUUUAGAAGCUCCUUGUGCAUCCCCAAUGGAUCAGUCAUUACAUGGUGUCCAAAAUGGGUGCAAAACAGUGCUUUUAAGUCUCGCUUCAUAACAUAUGUGCAGCGUUAGUAAGUAAAACUUUAUCAGCUUAUGGGAAUUGCUUGGGCUUUAUAGUUCCUUAGUCUAUUUAUAUUUUAAGGUGACAAGAACUCACCCCCAAAUGAAAUUUCAUGAGAUGGUAUGAAAAUAGAAACAGGCAAUUUCACAUCAUAUAUUCCCAGCUGAGAUAUGAUUAUAUUUUUCCUAUUUUGGUACUUAUGUGGCUAACUUAUAUGGUGCCUAUUUGUUCCACACACACAGGGAAAGCAAAUAGGAGCUUCAGGCUAGAGUGGGGGGGAGGGAUGAUAGCUUCAAACUGGGUAGAGAUAUAAAAUGUUGAUAUAAAGUAGUGCACGGAAGAAGGAUGUUUAAAAACUCUUCCCAUCGCAAUGUCUCCAAUAUGACCACCCCCAAAAGGGAGAUUUGAUCACGGAUCCCCCGCAGUCUCACUUGGUUGCACUCUUAACAUUUCUGCAGAAUCAAAAGCGCAGCUAAGCAUUCAACAAAGCUAUGCCCCUUAACCUUGCAGCUUUCUGGUUUUCAGCAUUUAAUUUUCUCAAGGAUUAAGUACCGUUUGAGUCUGGCUUCUUUCUCUUCAGGAGGUUAAUUCUUGAUUAUUUCUAUUGCUUCCCUUAAUGAAAAGAAAACAAGGGAAUCAAGUUAACAAGCAUCCAUCAUAGGUGGGUUUUUUAAAAAAAGAAAGAAGACAAAUGUCUAUUAAUAUUUAUGAUUUGUCUUCAUCUAGUGCCAAAACUGCCGCUGAGAUGUUGAUUUCAAUAGGAACUAAGCACACCUAAAUUUGUAUAGGUCCAACCCACUGUAUGCAAAGCACUUUGAAUAACAUAAGGCACUAUAGAAAUGUGUCUCAUUAUUUCUAGACUUGUUUGCAAGGCUGCAUGGGGUGCCCUAUAUAAGCAGAUUCUCCCCACCUGCCUGCCCCCCCCCGAAAGUUUGGCAUUCAGGUGGCAUUGCUGGAUUUCACAAUGCCUUUCUAGACAACAACACAAUUAUUUACUUCAGCCAUUUGAUAAGUACAGCUGGGUUUCUUUUACCUAAACAUGUUAAAAUCCAUACAACCAAAAAUGUCAUGGGCAGCUAAACAUAAGAAAUGGGAGACUCUAAAAACUAAACAACCGUCCCCUGGGGAAUCAGUGGCAGCCAUCCAUCUCCCUUAAACUCCCUUAAAACAACCAUGAUUUGCAAGCGCAGACAGCAAUGCGGCCAGUCAGCCUCUAGAGAACUUUAAUACACUUCCAUUACUCAAACAGAAAUUACACUGAGAUUUAAAAAACACACACCAAAUAAACCAGAGAUGCAAGCUCUGACUUCAGCAGAGGCCAAGGGAGCAAAUCCUGGACAGUUCCUUGCAGAGCUCAGGCUGAAUGAGGGCAGCGCUCAGAGGUUGCCUCAGCUACAGCCACGCUCAGGCUGAGCCUGACAUAAAAGCUGCAGCGUUCAAAGUGCUUUGCCUUCACUGAGAGGUUCCUCUUUGUUCAAAAGGACAUGGCCUUCACUAGACAUUUACUUCUGUAGAGCAGGAGAAGUAGCCAGUGUGGUGUAGUGGUUAAGAGCGGUAGUCUCGUAAUCUGGGGAACCGGGUUCGCGUCUCCGCUCCUCCACAUGCAGCUGCUGGGUGACCUUGGGCCAGUCACACUUCUCUGAAGUCUCUCAGCCCCACUCACCUCACAGAGUGUUUGUUGUGGGGGAGGAAGGGAAAGGUGAAUGUUAGCCGCUUUGAGACUCCUUAAGGGGAGUGAAAGGCGGGGUAUCAAAUCCAAACUCUUCUUCUCUUCUUCCAUUUGCACUGGGGCACAUGGCGUCCUUAGGCCAGAGAAAUACUGGUUGUACAGGUUCCUUUUGAAGAAGUGUUUCCGCUAGUUUAGUUGCUUCUAGUCCUGGCCCUGAGGGCAUGGGAUGAUCUAUCAUAGCUUUCGUCUGAGACUCUUUUCACACAAGCACCCUUCAACACUGCUGAGAUGGCUUCGGUUCUUUGUUGCAUUUAACCAAGCGCUAUUUUUGCCACAGGCCAGUUUGGAAGUAUGCUUUAACAAACAUACUUUAAGAAACCCCAUUUCCCCCACCCCCCGUGGUUCACUGACCACCUCUGAGCAACAGAAAGCCACCUCAUUGACAGAUGGGAUGUUCUGGGGCAAUUCCAUUUAUUUCCUCGUGAAAACCCUGCUUUAUUUCCCUCCUCCAGACUUCUGUCUUCCUUUAUUGCUAAGGAUGCCAUUUGGAAAGCCUUUGUGGCCUGAAGCAUCUCAUUUCCUGUUCACUUUCCCCUUGAUUAAUGUCCUUCAUAAGCCGCUUGUCUGUGUCAGUGCAUUGCAUAGUAGUUACCCUACAAGACGCCUCCCUGUGGAUUCCUCAUUUAAAGAAGCUUCUUCUACUGCCCCCCAUCCCCUUCUGUAUGACACCUGUGACUUUGGAAAAUUUCGUAACGGCACAGGCAUUCUAAAUUGAUCAUCCAAUUAACUUUCUGCAUAGCCUCCGUUGGAACAUGUUUCCACAGGUUGCUGUAAUUGAAAUUAAAUCAAAAUUUUAAAGUGUAAAUCGUGUCACCAAGAGUAUAAUGGAUUAAUCACAGAAAGGAGAUUUGCAGGUAGCAUGUUUAAAAUGAGCAAGACGUGCAGCUGUGCAGUACAUAUUUAAAGGAUGGAUAUUAACCAAAUAGCAGAAAAUACUCUGUGCUGUAUCCUUCCAAGUAAGAUGGCUUUUUCUUACAUUUUCUUUUCCCUGAGAGGGGUCUUAUCUCCACUUCCAGUGUGGUGUAGUGGUUAAGAGCAGUGGACUCGUAAUCUGGGGAACAGGGUUCCCUUCCCCGCUCCUCCACCUGCAGCUGCUGGGUGACCUUGGUCUAGUCACACUUCUCUGAAGUCUCUCAGCCUCACUCACCUCACAGAGUGUUUGUUGUGAAGGAGGAAGGGAAAGGAGAUUGUUAGUUGCUUUGAGACUCCUUAGGGUAAAAGUACCCCUGACCAUUAGGUCCAGUCGUGGCUGACUCUGGGGUUGCGGCGCUCAUCUCGCUUUAUUGGCCGAGGGAGCCGGCGUACAGCUUCCGGGUCAUGUGGCCAGCAUGACUAAGCCACUUCUGGCGAACCAGAGCAGUGCACGGAAACGCCGUUUACCUUCCCGCCAGAGCGGUACCUAUUUAUCUACUUGCACUUGAAGCGCUUUCGAACUGCUAGGUUGGCAGGAGCAGGGACCGAGCAACGGGAGCUCACCCCGUCGCGGGGAUUCGAACCGCCGACCUUCUGAUCGGCAAGUCCUAGGCUCCGUGGUUUAACCCACAGCGCCACCCGUGUCCCUCCUGAGACUCCGUAGGGUAGUGAUAAAGCGGGAUAUCAAAUCCAAACUCUUCUUCUUCUUCUAGUGUUACCACUUCAUCUGCAGUUUUAGGGAAAUGACAUUAAACAUGUGGUUCCACUGGUUAGAGUGUCAGGCUAGGACUAGGGAAACCCUGCUAGCCAUGAAGCUCACCAGUGACCUACUCUCAGGCUAACCUGCCCCACAGGGUUCUUGUGAAGAAGAAAAAUUGUGGGGAGGAACAUGCACCCUGUUUUGAGCUCCUUGAAUGAAAGGCAGGAUAUAUAUGAAAUACAGAAUUCUCUACAAAAAGUCCAUCAAUGGUGUAAUGGUUCUAGGGGUUGCUCGUGCGUAAGUUGCCGCCACUCCUGCCUUGGUUACCUGGUUGAACCCUUUCUGUCUGGACAGCCUCUAGCUUUGUGGCUGUCUCAGUCGCUGGCAGAAUCCGUCAGUGGGUGUUUCUUGAACUUCUUCCAGCAAAGAAGUUCUUUGACGCCAAGUCUCCUCCUACUCUCCCUGCGCGGAAGUCUUCUGCGCAGGGAGGGUGUGGGCAGCGGAGUACCCGUACUCUCUCCGCUGGUCUCCGGCGAGGAGUCUUGGAGCCUCCUCUCCGAUUCCCCCAUCUGCCCCCCUUCUCCACUGGUGUUACGCUGAUUUCCUUCCCCAGCAGAUGGGCUGCCUCUCUCCCUACUGGGACCCUCUCCGGCAUCCCUCUGGAGCCUUCUCUCCGCCUCUAGCUCCGAUGGCAGUUCCCUGACAAAUAGCUAUCUCCAUGCGACGAUAAUAAGUAUAUUUACCCAUAAAUAAAUCUCAUUCAGUUCAGAGUGAUUAGGUGUGCAGCAAAGGUCUCUCCAUUUAACGGAAGUCUCUCCAUUUAAUGAAGUAGCACUUUCUCUUUGCCAUCAUUAUACCAAAACUGGCCUUUUGUCAUCUCCUGUUCCCUUCCAGUCAUGGGCAUUAAUGAAGCGGUCCUUUGAUGAGAUAUUUCCUGUUCUCUGCUAGCUGUGGGCCCUGAAAUUCCUUAAUUUUCCUUUUCAGCAGUUGCUUGUUCAUGCAUUUUAAUUUCAUUUUUAUUGGAGCAGUUGUGCUUCAGUGAAAAUAAAAUAUAACUGAGCAUAUGCUGUGGCUACAAAGAGGAAGUGAAGAAUUGAUGGGCCUGUGAGAGAGGAAUCAGGUAACCUGUCCAAAAGGGCAGGGCAUCACUGAGUAUGUCAUCAGCUCCCUCCCUGACCGCAUCUCUGUCGGGUCGGCCGGGGGCUAGGACGAUCCCCAAGCAUACGACAGGAACGUUUCCAGCCUGUCUAUCCCAUCAGGGUGCAGCACGCAACUCUAGGGAGUUCUGAACCACCUUCCCUGACGAUUUGCAGUGACUCAUGCCUUGGAGACACUGAGCACACAUCCAGAGUCCAGCAGAGAUAAAACGCAGUCGGAGCUAGGCUGGGGUUGUAAGCGCUAAGCUACUUCAUUAAGCAUAAGUCAGAACAAAGGAAGACAUGUCUUCUCUCUCUUGUCUUCCUCGGAGAGGAGUCAGGAGUGAAAGCAAAAACAAACGGAAACAGAGUACAGUAAACAUCCGCUCCCGUGAUUCCAACAGUCGGUGCUGGAAUACAUAACAUAGACAUGUGAUGAACCAAUCCUACACAAUAUCUGCACAGUGAGAGGAACAGAAACCCAACCAUCUCCCCAACGGAUACUUUGGUGGCAACAACGGAACUCUGUCAUAACUGAGAAAACACCGUUAAGAAUUUUGCCUUUCCAAAAUAUACAAUUUAUAGACAGUGCCACAGGUAUGUAUGUUUACCUGUCAUCACUAUACUAAUGUCCGCAGAGAUUUAUAGCUGUGGCAGACUUAGGGUUGCUGAGCAUUGAAAACAGAUCCUAGGGAGGAAGAUGCAGUGCUUAUUACUGCUGUGCCUGCAAAAACACUUUUGGACAGUUAAAUGGGCUGCUCAUUCUAUGAGAAAGACACAAAUUAGCAGGAAUAUCAUUAGCUUUGCCUGGCUCCCUCUUGAUGCGGGAUUUUUAAGUACUUCAAAUAACUGGACAAAAAUGGUAGUGGGAUGGCCAUGCGCCUCACAGACAAUGAUGUCUGUAUUCAUUUAUCACCAAGGGAGGGGGAGGACCUCAGGCCUGGGAGCUAAAUGCCUCUCUGUCUGGCUCUCAUAACCCUUCCCAGACCACCCCCCUCCCUGGCCUUGAGUUCUGAUAAUGUAUCUUGCUUACCUGGAUAAGAGGCAACACGAUGACCAUGUACAUACGCAAUAGACAAUCUUUUAUAGAAUUCCUUCAAACCAUGAAAAUAUCAAAUGCUAUGGAACAGUGCUCAUAUAAUAAUAUUUUAAUUUACAUACAUUCAUUCGAAAUAAGAUGGGUUUAUGAAGCAAUUCUAUAUCCUCCCACUAUGCUGACGAAGAAUUCUUCGAAACAGUGGUCAAUAGCAGGAAUCACUUUUCAGUGUUAGACAUCAUAUUUGCUGAAUACACAAAGUUUCACAGCUUGUCUUUCAUCGUACAAAGUCUGGUACCUCGCUUCAUUUAAAGAUUUUCAGAGACUUUGAUACUAAAGAUUUUAUUUUGGACUUGUUAUGGUUUGAAGGAAUUCUAUAAAAGAUUGUCUAUUGUGUAUGUACAUGGUCAUCGUGUUGCCUAGACAUUGCUGACGUUCUCUUUGCAACACGGGGGUUUGUUUGGUUACCUGGAUAAGAGAACAGAGAUGGGUGCAGGAGGAUAGAAACUAGCUUUCUGGGCAAAGUUAAACUCUCAGUUGGUUCCUCCACCUCAGGCUGAAAUAAGCUUCCCAGUUACCCGCUCUGUCACAUCACCUUCAGUUUUGGCAGAUGUGUUUGCAGUCUCAUUGUCUCUACCCAUACCUGCACUUGUGAUUUAAGAGAAUUAAUCCAACAAAUACCUGCCUUUUUUUCUUGAGUGAGUGAUGGAAACGGGAACUGCUUUCUUCAAAUGGUAAGUAGUGAUUGGCCUUGCACAUGCACAUCUUCUUUUUUGAGAACUAUCUUCUGAUCUGCUUCGUGCUUCCCACUUAGAAUAAGCAGAGAGCACCCCAUGGUUAUUCACAGCAGGUGUAAAAUGGAGGCUGAUCCAUAAGUGCAGAGGGCCCUGCAUGAAACAUGCCUCAAAUUCAUUUGGAUUGCUUUUUGUUUUCUUAUAUGUUCUGCCGUGCUCUUUGGAUGGAGGUGAAAACAGGGUGCUUUUUUGUUCUACUUUGGACAAAUCAAUUUAGUUUGCAAAGUGACCUGGGGUAUCAGCUAGGAUUCAUUAUUCCUGCCCUCCUUACCUCUUCCCAGGGCUAGGAAAUAAUGAUGAUUUCUGUUUUGGUGCUAUGUUUCUUUUCAGAGGUAGCUGUGGGGUCUGGGUAGACAGGGCAAGGACUACGUCUCUAAGGGACAGCCCCUGACGGCCAUGAAAAAUCAGAAGAGACAUGCCAGUCUGUGCUAACCAGGAAUGCACAGAAACAGAAAGACUCCAAGCCACUCUUUCCUUGCAAGAUCUCACCAUAGAAGACUGAUUUCCUGCUUGUCAGAUUCAGUUGAACGUUUUCUGCCAGGUCACACCAGACUGUCAGGCACAGCAUUUUCUUUGAAACUUUUUAUUAAGACAUUAUCACAGCAGCAGCAGCAGCAGCAGCAGCAACAGCAAAGCCUAUCUGUUGGAGGUGCCCAAGCCCUGGAUUUCCUGCAUCAAGCAGGUGAUUAGAUUAGAUCAAUAGCUCACAAGGCCCUUCUCCAACUCAGUGAUUCUGUGGAUAUAAACAGAGAAGUGUAUCAUAAAUUGCUUAUUCAGUACCAGGGACAAAACUUUGUCAGUGUUUGUUUAAAAAAAAAAGGGUUCUGACCUCCCUUUGUCGCCUCAGCCUGGUCCUUGGACCCUUGUCGGCAUAAAAGAGUCCACGAGAAGAAUAUCCUUGCAGAGUACUUUCUGCUUUUAUUCUUAAAAGUCUUUCUGCAAAAGCGACUGACCAACUGUACACAUCAACACUACCAGCUUUCACUAACCAACCAACCAACCAACCCAAACUAACAUUUCUCACUCUAUAUAUACAACCCGGUGCAGGCCGCUGACUCAUGCUGACCCGGCUUUUUAAGCAUUAAAGAAACAGUGGCCAAUUUUUAGCCGUGACAAACUUUUCAUAUUUCUUGGUUAAGAGUGUAUGGACUAUGGCAACAUGAGUUUUGCACAUAUCUACCAUCCUAUGAAUUUUUGCCCAAAGAGUCUGGUUUAUUCCCUGGAAAGUUUGGCAGUGAAGACCUCUGGAUAGGCACCAUGAAUGGGCCACUGUCCAGCCCACUGGUCAAUACCUUAACACCCAUUGUGGUUGAAACCAUCACCCAAAGAUGCACACUGAACUCCUCUUGCUUCCCACAUGCCUUUGCACUCAUCAGCCAUGUUUGGGAAAGGCAAAUCCCACUGACAUUCUAGAUACCGUCUUUGCUUUAGGAAAACAUAGAAAGCUGCCUUAUACAGAGUCAGACCAUUGGUCCAUAUAGUUCAGCAUGGUCUCCAAUGACUGGCAGUGGCUCUCCUGGGUUUCCCAGCCCUACCUGGUAAUGUCAGGGAUUGAACCGAGGCUCUUCUGAAUGCAGAGCAGAUUCUCUACCAGUGACCUUUGGCCCUUCCCCCUUCAAACCCUCCUCUCCAUCACCAAGUAUUUGACAGAGAUCCCAAACAAUAAUUCUGGAUUCUGUCCACUCUCAGCCUUCCCUUGUGGCUCCUGCUUCCCCUUUGAUCCUUCCCAUGGAAUACACAUAAGGCACAUUGCAGAAAUUCAUUGUUGACGAACUAUACCAUAUCUGCCUCCUUCCAGUAAUUAGCUAGUUUAAGGAGUACUCUUGUUUGUUCCUACACAUCUCUGCCUCCAGGCAGCCAUUUUGAAACGACCCCCUUCUAGUCUCCCUAAUGUAAGAUUUUUAUUCAGUAUUCCUAUUCACAGCCAGCUAAUUAAUCUAAGAAUUUACAUUACCGGAAUCUACCUACGCUUGGGUCUUAUAGUGGCUUCCUACUGUGCAGAUUCUUGAUUAUCUUGGGCAGUUCUCUAGAUAUAUUACUUAUUGCUAUCUUUUGUAGAUGAUAGAUGCUGACAAUAUGCUGCAAAUUUUUCUAGGGCACCCAUUAUAAUUGGGGAGCUUGAAAGUAAAUCUUGAAAGAGAAUAUAUUUUCUCUCAAAGUCAAGAACUCAUGUAGCACUGAAGUGUACUGUACAGUUUCUGUGAACUCUAAAAUCCCAGUUGCACUAGUGCCCUUUCAAUUAAACUGUAAAUGUAUCAACAUUCUUUCAUCUUUAUUUCCAACCAUUAAUAGAAUCUGUGUUGAAUCUUAUGUACACAUUUGUGGAAGUCAGAAUAGCCAAAUAGGUCCCUGGAAUUAUUAGUUUGAUUUUAUUUCCUUUCAUUAUUGGGAGAUAUGAAAUGUGCAAGCAUUCAAAGGCAUGCAGCCAGAAAGGAGGAUUUCCUUGCACUGUGCACAGCAGUAGAAGUUUUACAGAGACACUGUCUCUAAGUGAAGACCUGCCAAUGCUCAUCACAGGCUAUCUGGUCACUAGCCAUCUUGAAAUUACAGUGGUUGAAGCUUUUCAAUGAUUUCUCUAGCACCUUUGUUGCACAUACUGUUCAGUGUUCAAUCUUAGGCUCUUACUGAAGCUUUCAUCUUUUGCCAAUGCACAGCCAAUGGCGACUAACCUCUCACAUUUGACCAACCCGAAUCAAUGCAAGGGUGUACACGCGAGCAAGACUCUGCUGAUGACACCACUUUUGAGCUACUUUUGGCAAUACUGCAAGGGAGAUUCCAGAAAACGCCACUCGUAGAGAGACUGCACCCCUGUGGACAGAGACAAAUAGAAUCAGUAGCACAUGUUCUUUUGCACUGCCCCUGGUAUCAGACAAGUCAAUCCAAGUUUAUUAAUCAGUUGGUUGCUAGUAGGGAGUGGCAUUCAGGCAAAUGUAAGGUAGUACAAAUGCAAUAGUAGCCCGGUUUCUGCAACAAGCAGUGAGGAUUUGUGGAUGUUAUACAACCUUAACUUAAGUAUUAACUAGGCAGUUUUUUUAAUAUUUACAGAGCUGCAGAUUAAUUUUAGGAGGUGUGCUAAGAUUAAAAAAAAGAAAGUCAAUAGGAGCUAAAUUAGGUAGCUUUCCCUAGCAGUUGAAGGACAUGUUCCCCCAGAUUAUAAAACAAACAAACCUUUGAUUCCAUUGCUGAAUGGACAGUUAAGGAGUGAGUUAUUUCUGGGGAGAAGAAAGGAGAGAAGAGGCAGCUGCUUGGGUUGUGUUGCUUCUGUCUCUGUGUUAUUGUGGUGUCAUCAGCAGAGGCAGAGGUAAGCAACUGUCCGCAUUUAAAAUGUUGAUAUGCAUAUUUUAUUGGCAGGACUCCACACAAAACUUGACUUGCUUUCCUAGCUGCUGUUAUUUGCUGGUCACAACCAAUUCUGCCCCUCCCCUUUCGCAAAGUUCUGCAGAACAGCAAGCGCUUUUGUCAUCGACAUUUGUGUUGCAGUAUAGAGAAGGGAAGGAACCCCAGGAAUCUCUCUCUGUCACCCAGAAACGAUUCCUGCCAUUUCCUGCCUUCUUCAAAGUGAACUAUAGCUAACGAGAUUCUGAUAGAUUAGAAAGCAUCCAAUCUUCUCUUCUGCGCAAGCCUUUUUUCCUAAAGUGCUGUAAAUUGUGCCGUAGAUUUGUAAAGCAUCGCUUAGAUUUUUGUACCCUGUAAGUGCCCUUAAAAUUAAUUUUGUCUUGAAUGUGUCCACGUGCCAAUGAGUUUGACAUAAGCCUUUCAAUUUUAUGCUCCACUAAAAAGAGUGCGUGGAAUGGAAACAGUAAAUCAACCCUGGGAUUUGCAGAGGUGGCCUGCUUAGCUAUGAAGAGCCUGCUCUGUAUAAAUUGAUUUCUAUAACAACUCAUUUGGAUAACAAAACAAAAAAAAGCCUACCUAAAUAUUCCAUGGUGUUAAACUUGCAACCUUAGGAAAUCUUAACCUUGAAACCCUGGAGUUGAUCAAGGGAUACCAGGAGACAGCCAUCUCAGAAAUUAUCUGAGAGUUUACAUAGAAUCUGAUAUGUUUGUACAUUUCUUUUGCAGGUGAAACCCUGAGAAGAGGGAAUAGAUCGUAAUUUCAAAACUUGUAUUUCUAUGUGCACAUACUACCAAAACCCACUGAAUUACUUUUAAGUAAAUACACAAAGGAGCAGACCAUGCAGUGCACACUUACCUCAUAGUCAGUCCAGUAGAAUUAGACAUAAUAUCAGAGUAAACAUGGUCUGCAGUUCUUGUAGAAGACUUUGACUGGGAUGCCAUUAUGGGAUGACAAGGGAACAAUUCUCCUCCUUACCAAUGUGUUUCAGACCAGACAUUGUUUUUCUUGAAUAAUAGCUAUAUCUCCAGUUAUUGCAAGUCAUAUGGAAGUUACACACAUUCUUAAAAUAGACUUAGCUAAGAAGAACCUUGCUGUUCACCUUUUCCUCUCCCCGAGCCUCAAAUAAUAUCCCCACCUUGGAGAUGGCAACAUUUUAGGGACAUUGUGAGGCUGAUUAAAGGUAAAGGGACCCCUGACAAUUAAGUCCAGUCGCAAAUGACUCUGGGGUUGUGGCGCUCAUCUCGCUUCACAGGCUGAGGGAGCUGGCGUACAGCUUCUGGGUCAUGUGGCCAGCAUGACUAAGCCGCUUCUGGCAAAACCAGUGCAGUGCACGGAAACGCCGUUAUGAGGCUGAUUAGAGCUGUACAAAAGUAUAGGGUGGUUGUUGUUGUUGUUCUUGUUGAUCUCCUGGACCCUCCCACUUGAUUGUUGAACUGCUUUGCAGAAAAGCACAGCACCAAGACACAACCAAUGUCACACCAAUUGUUCCACCAAAUCUGCUUUAGUUGUUCUUUCCCACAGGUGUGAGCUGAAGUUCACCUGGUAACAGAAUGCAUCUUUCAAUUAAAACCACCGAGAUUUUAUUACUAAAGGUAAAGGUAAAGGGAGCCCUGACCAUUAGGUCCAGUCGUGGCCGACUCUGGGGUUGCGGUGCUCAUCUCGCUUUAUUGGCCAAGGGAGCCACCGUACAGCUUCCGGGUCAUGUGGCCAGCAUGACUAAGCCGCUUCUGGCGAACCAGAGCAGCGCACGGAAAUGCUGUUUACCUUCCCACUGGAGCGGUACCUAUUUAUCUACUUGCACUUUGACGUGCUUUCAAACUGCUAGGUUGGCAGGAGCAGGGACCGAGCAACGGGAGCUCACCCCGUUGCAGGGAUUCGAACCGCCGACCUUCUGAUUGGCAAGCCCUAGGCUCAGUGGUUUAACCCACAGCGCAUGCAUGGACUUCCGGGGUGGCGCCAUCGGCAAUGGCGGACUUCCUCUGAACUGGAGGGGCUAGCUCCGUGGGAAACGGGUCUUCUCCGCUACGGCGAAGCGGGGACCCUUUUAAAAAUCACAGGAGGAUGAAGCCUGUGACCAUGGGACUCGGCGGGCACCUUUAGCGCCCCCCCAACUCGCUAAGGAACCCACUAACGGGCUCCGAAGUGAAGAGGGGGAAGUGGCGAGGUGCUGUGAGUCAACUGCUAUUUCCGUGGAGCGAAGCCGCAUAGCCGUUGCCGGAGAGCGCUGCCUUUUUCCUGGGACAAUUUGGACUCUAAAAUAAGCACCCGUGAGUACUUAGACUUUGAACAACUGGACAUUAAAUGGGGACUUGUGAGCAGAAAGGAAUUGGAUCUUAAAAAUCUAUUUCAAUUUGGUACGGAACGGGAAGGUCUAAACAGGAAGUCAGCCUUCCGUUCUUUUGUAGACAGAAUAAAGCAAAGACAACGUAAACUAGAGCUCAGAAGAUCGUCUUUAAAGGAUUGGAUUUCAUCAUUUAAAAUUGUGGAACCCCCCUUCGACAGCAGGAGAAGAAGGGGGAUCUUUUUCGGACUGUUUAAAGUGAGUUUAGAGUAAGGCAACUUUCCUCCGUCCUGAUCCUGGAGCAGGGUGUCAGGACUGACGUUUGAAGUUCAUUGACCAGAGACAAACGUUUCUGACAGAUAGCUAAAAGAAUGAGAAACAUAGUGAUUCCACUGUUCCCCGUCGCAUUUUAAAGGAAUAAAUAUUGACAAAGUAUCUCAAAAAGGGAAACUUUGUUGCAAGAACAAAUAGAAGCUUUCCCCCUAGAGGGAGACUGUGAAACUGUAACCAACUCCAGGGAGCCGGCAGCUGUUACAGAUUACAAUCGUGGGAAUAGGCAUUUGACCUUGCAGGACAAUGUAUUCAGAAGCUUUGUUGUGUGCUUUCUAUAAAACAAAUGCCCUACUGGAACAGUUACAUGAGAAGGUGAAUUUGAUGGCGACUUCGACUAGAAAUUUUGAACAGGCAGUGGGAAAUUUUGAACAGACAGUGGGAAAAUAUGUGGAGCCCACCCAGGAAUUAAAUCAGGAGUGUGUCCUGACAGAACAGGCCCAACAGGAAUAUGAGUUUUCGGACUUGACAAAUGAACUUGGAAAAAGCCAGAUUUGGAAAGAAAAAGUUUGGUUUGGCUUGGAAAUGGGGGGCUGGAUUGACCCCCCUAUGCUGGGAUGUUUGGACUUUUCAAAUCUGGCAAUGGGCCGUGAGAUGUUUGGGAUUGUGGGGGCUCUUAAUUUUGGAGGGUCUUUGAAACAUGCUUUUAAAUACCACAUGGAAUUCAGUGCUGAAUAUGGAAAAGGGGCUGAUCUGUUGAGAAGGGUUAAAAAUAUUGCCAAGCUGGAGUUACCACGAGCAGGAGACAAGGGAAAAUACUGUUACAAAUAUGAAGAAGAGCUGCAGAAGGGACAUGGAAGAGACUUGAGGGCCUCGGAUAUAAGGUUGUCAGGUUAAUGGGCUAGAUCGAUGGGAUAAUAAGGACUGACGAAACCCGGAACCAGGAGGAAGGGACGUUGGAUGAAGAUUGGAUCUGUUUGUAUUUCUUUUUUCUACCAUUAGAACUGUUUUAUAAAAUUGAUGAAUGUUAGAAAAAGGUUGGAAUGAAAUUAAUCGGCUUUAGUAAAGAUGUUCAAAGAAUUAUGAAAGAAUAUUAUGGUUAUGAGAAGUUGGUAAGGAUAAGAUUUAAGUUUUAAGCUUUAAGGUUUAUUUUCUUAUAGAAAGAUAAGACUAAAACAGUUUAGAGUAAUGUAAUGACAGAAUAUUACGAAAUAUGGAAAGGAUUUGCUGGGAUAAUUAAUAACUAGGAUACAAAGAAAGGGAGGAGGAGGAGGUCAAAGAAAGAAGGUAAUGACAGUUGAGGAUUCGAGAAUAAUGAAUUUGUUUUUAAAUGUUCUUAAUUGUCUGUGGUGUAUUUUUGCAUUUUUUUUUCUGUCUCUUUUUCUUAUUUUUGAAUUUGUAUUCGUAUGGUUGGAAGGGGUUUGUUUUUUUCUUUUCCUACUUUGUUAACUAUUUUUAUUUUGUAUUUUCUUCUGCUUUUAUUUUACUUUGUAACACUUUGAAAAUUUUAAUAAAUAUCUUAUAAAAAAAAUAAUAACCCACAGCGCAUGCAGUAAAUAAUUUUUUUGCUCAAUAAAAUAAAUAAAUUCACUCUUUUCCAUUUCAUCAGACCCAUUUGCAGGGUUCUGGUUUCUACUUAAAGGUAUUGAAUAGAGGAGUCUAUGCAAAGAUUUGCAAAACAACGACCCCAAAACCAAAGGUUUUUUGUGUCAGGGUAUGAAAUGGACAGAGGCAACCAACCUUCUUAAAAAUCAAAAGAAAGAUUAAGAGCAUGUCUUAAAUACAUCCAAAUCAAUUAGGAACAGUAAGUGGAGAAAAUUAAGAAACAAUUUGUGCUUUUUAAUCAAACAAAUAGUUUUUUAAUUAAGAAACAAAUUGGUUUUUAAUAGUUUUAUUACGUAUCAGUCACAGCACAACUGAACCAGGCUGUAUCUUAAGAGAUAGUGAUGGAUGCUCUGCUUCUUGUAAUUAGAUGAAUUAGAUAAGCAUUAUAAAUUGAAGUUAGCACAUCAAAAAUGAAAAUGAAUUAUCAUUCACUGCUUACACUUGUGUAGACUCAAAUAAACGGAACGAGUAGAAGGUUGAGUAGCUUCCUAUUUGCUGUUUUGUGUUUGUAGUAAAAUAUUGUAUAUUUGAAUAAAGUACCAUUUAAGUACUUUAAAAUAUAUUUAUUUGAAAGGGCAUCUACUAUUCAGAAGCAUCAUUUAAUAUUAUCAUUAAAUGUUAGUGGUUGUUUGCCAUACUUUCUUUUGGUAUAAUAGCCCAAUCUCAAAGUAUACAGGAUAAUUAUUCAUAUCUGAACAUUUUGCAUAUCUGCAAGAAGUACAGCUGGUAGACUCUUAGUAAUUAUUAUUAUUAUUAUUAUUAUUAUUAUUAUUAUUAAUACCCCACCCCUCUGGCUGGGUUUCCCCAGCCACUCCGGGCAGCUUACAGCAUAUAUAAAAACAUAGUAAAACAUUAAAAACUUCCCAAUACAGGGCUGCCUUUAGAUGUCUUCUAAAACUUGUGUAGUUCCUUAUUUCCUUGACAUCUGAAGGGAGGGUGUUCCACAGGGAGGGCGCCACUACCGAGAAGGCCCUUUGCCUGGUUCCCUGUAACUUGGUUUCUUGCAGUGAGGGAACCAGCAGAAGACCCUCCGAGGAGGACCUCAGUUUCCGGGCGGAGCGGUGGGGAUGGAGACACUCCAUCAGGUAUAGUGGGCCAAGGCCUUAUUUGCGCCCAGUCCCUGCUUCUGCCCACCUAGCAGUUCGAAAGCACGUCAAAGUGCAAGUAGAUAAAUAGGUACCGCUCCAGCGGGAAGGUAAACAGCGUUUCCAUGCGCUGCUCUGGUUUGCCAGAAGCGGCUUAGUCAUGCUGGCCACAUGACCCGGAAGAUGUACGCCGGCUCCCUCGGCCAAUAAAGCGAGAUGAGCGCCGCAACCCCAGAGUCAGCCACGACUGGACCAAAUGGUCAGGGGUCCCUUUACCUUUACACCUAAAAUGUAAGAUAUACAACAAAGGUUGAAUGCAUAUUUGAUUUUCUCAUUGUCCCCCCUGAAAAGUCGGGUGGGCAAAUGCUACACCAGCUGGAAAGCUGUUUUGAUCUACAACUCCCAUCAGCCCAAAGUGUCAAAAACGGCUGAAGGGCACCACAAAUGUCCAUGCAUGUACAGUACAUACAUAUAGCCCUUGUCACAUAUUCUGUUUUAGGCAUGGUGGGGCUUAAAACUAUAAAUACCCAUUCAGGUUAUGCCUAAACCUAAGAGAACAAUAUCUAUGAUUGAGAAGUGAUGAGUAUAAUCCCUGCCAUGGUAAGUCUACUGUGGCCCCCCACAUAAUAAGGUUUGUAAAUUAUACAGACCUGUUGUCAGAACCAGGCCUAGUCAGUCCAGAGGCUUCUUAACUGCCCGUCUGAAACCUCAGAACAGAGCAGUCCACAGUACCUCACUGGGCCGGCCCAAGACAUCUUGGCACCUGAGGCAAAACACAAAAUGGCAUCCCUUCCCUGCUAGAGAAGAAGGGGCAAGCAUAGAUCUACACUGGGAACAAGGGGGAAAGAAAGACCUAGAUCUAGAUCUGCUGCCCCUGGAGAACCGUACCCUCCAACAUGCCUCAGAGGAAAAUUGGGACAUGCGCCUUUCGGGGGCGCAAGAGCAGAACUCCCCAAAACAGUGCCUUUUGGAGAUGUGAUCUCAUGGGAGCUAAAAUGGGACCUCCUGGGUGGCUUCUGGAAUCCCUAGAUGUUGCAGGACAGUUGAGGGGUAUGCAGAAACUGCCACCUGAGGCACUCGCCUCACUUUGCCUCAAGGGUGGGCUGGCCCUGAGGGCAGUUUAGACAUUAACAAACCAUGGCAUAUCCUCUCAAGCUAGUGCCCAAGCUCAGGUUUAUUGAAAUUCUAGCCAACCACAGUGUCCUGGGAGGGGCAGCUUUAUGUCUGAGCCAAGCCUCUAUCUGUAGAAAACAUGGCGGCAAGUAGAUGGAGGUAAAUGAGAGACUUGAAGGAAGGUGAGUCAUGGCAGACCCAUAACGGGGGACCCGGAGAAGGAACAUGAAUAAUGUUAAUGUGAAGGAAUCCUGAAAGCCAAAACCCCGCCCCCCAUGCCUUAAGUUUUUCUCCACCAACUCAUCAAGGAAUCUGAUGCCUUUUCAUUUGGUUGGUCCUCAAACCGAAGAAAGCAAAUAUAAUUUUCUUUUUUCAUGGAGUCAAGAGAAAAAAGUUCAUUUUAGGAUAGAGAAGCGUUUGUGAAAAGGUUGAUAUAAACAAAUGCCAGCUUCCUCGCUUUAUGAUUUGCAUGUGAUAAAGGUGGCAUUGUGAAAGAAAUAAGUGCUAGCAGUUGUGUUCGGAAAUAGAUAAAAUUUAUACGGCGUGGAGCCUUUUUAUUGGCAAAGCAACGUCUUUUAAAAACGGAACCAAAAUAUGCAAAGAGAGAAAGCAUAAAGCAAGAGGGAGGGCCAGAUUCUUUCAUGAACAGCUUAGUGGGGGCCACAUGCCAGUGGCACACAUGCAGCGCACACCACAAACCCAUAUAUGCAACAUGCGCAUGUUCACCAGAUUAGCUCCACUGGUGCGUUUGCACCAUGCUGCCCCUUCACCCCUCUACCUCCCAGUAAGCGGCAGCAAGGGCAGCGAUGCCAUGCACCACCAUCCCGUUCUGCACUGCACAUGCCCAGACAGCAUGGAUAGCUCAGUCCGUAGAGCAUGAGACUCUUAAUCCCAGGGUUGUGGGUUCAAGUCCCAUGUUGCGUAAAAGAUUCCUGGGUUGCAGGGGUUCAGAUUAGAUGACCCUCGUGGUGCCAUCCAUUUCUACAAUUCUGUAAUAUUAUUAUUUACAUGUAUUAGCACACACAGGCUCUCACACUCUCACACUCACCCCUCCCCAGCAAUUGGGGGGGGGCAUUUUCAUUUCAUUGAAAAAUGAUAGGGUAUUUGACAGUGAAAAUAAAGGUUUCUGCAAGAAGUAUGUAUUAUUUAGUUGUUUUCAUUGCAUCUUUGCCUUUGUGUAUUAGCAAAUAUAGUGAUUUCCCUUUUUUUAUUACCCCUUCUAUUAUAGUGUAAUAUGGGGGGGGGGUUCUCUCUCUCUUUUUUAAAUGGGCCUUUCAAUAACAAUUCACGCUUCCCAAGCCAGUACAUGAAUGAAGUGCAGCUACUUUUAGAAAGUCACACUUCUCUGAAUUUUGCAGCAGAGUUCUCCAAACAAAAAACGUAUGGAACAAAGCAUAUUGUAGGGGAAAGUAUGCACAAUUAUGUGUAUAUUAGGGUAAAUUACUUGCAAAAAAAGUGUGUAUAUUGGGCAAAAUUGCAAACAAAAAUGCGUAUACUGGGUGAAAUACUUUCAAAAAUGCUUAUAAUUUUCAUGUGGUUAUGGGCAAACUGAGAUUAAGAUUGGAAAAAUGAAAACGAUAACUGAGUAACUGAAUCUGAUAGAUUCAUCCUUCCUUAGUUUACAAGUUUUAAUUGUCUAUAAAGGCUUCCCCAUUUACAGUAUGUAGUUUGUUUGUUUUUGCCCUCUCAAACUCAGCCUAACCCCUAACAUCUACAAUUUUAUCAGCACUGAAAUAAUAAAGUAAAGCAUUACAGAAGACAAAUAUUGAGUAUAAAAUGGCAAAUGUUUCAAGACUGAAGGGAGAUUAAAACUAGUUGCAGAUUGCUCAUGAAGGACCUUGUGACAACUGGGCAAAAUGCUAAUCGAGAAAUUUUCAUUGUUGGCAUAGUUCAAAAAUAAAAUGUUUAACUUCUGCUGUACUAAUGUUAAAAGAUCAAAAUGCCCCCCCAACUCCACCCCAAACUAUCAACUCUUUUUGACUUCAAAGUUAUCAACCGUGUUUCUCAGUGACCCAAGUCUGUCAGCACAAUCUAUUUCUGGACUUCAUUCAUUGAUAUAAAACUAGGAGACACAAGCAUAUAUUAACAGAUAGGAAUGAUAAUCUAGCAAUAAACUUUAAGCAAUCUCAUUUUAGUUAUUGACUUGCCUUGAUUUUUCAUCUCUUAUUGCAGGGUCUUUAUGGAAGUGUCAGUUGCCUUUUCUUCAAUGACUCUCCAAGGUCUCUUUAAAAAUGAUAACUCCCUGUUUUAUAGCUUGAUUAAUGUAUGCACUGGGACCAGGCCAAUAAGUAUUUUAAGGAAGCCUUUGGGGAGCACUAGAUACUCAAUCAGAGAUUCCAGGAAUUAUGGAAAUUGAGUUAUGCACUAAAAAUAAAGUUUAUGCUAUUUUAUCACCUGCUAUGAAUGUUUAAGAGAAUUAAUGUAUCAAUUGGUUUAAUCUACAAGUGUGCUAAUAACUUGCUUAGGGGGCUCACUUGUUGUAAACUGGCUGCACUUUAAAAGUCCUGGAAAUCUUUGAACGUUCCCCAGCAACAAAGAAUAAAACAUGGAUAUUCUUUUAGUAGCAUGUGAUUGAGACACAUUUAUUUAUUUCAAAUCCUUGUGGAAGCUUAUCGUUGUGGCACAGGGAAUACAGGAACUCCAAGGGGCACCUUCAUCACACUAACAACAACAGCUUUCUUAUUCCAGGAUAGGAGAAAGUAUCACAGUGUAUUUUCUUAGUUUGAAAGAAAUUCCGGUCUAAAAAAGCAUGCCUCUGAUUUCUAAGGGGAGUUUUAUGUCUCAUAAAGUUUACAUGUAUGCCCACUCAUUUUCUAUGGCUGAAAAUUCUAUAGACAUCUGUUACUGAGUAUCAUCUUAUAUGUUGCUGUAUUAGGUACCGUACAAAAGACAGGCAUGCCUUAAAAGUAGGAGAGCAAAGAGCUCAAAGACAGAGGGCACUUAGCAGCACCCAUAGAGGAGGUGAUGAGGAUGACGAAUGAGGAAGUGGGAGAGAUGGGGGGGGUGGAGAUUCACUCGGGAUAAUCUAUGUCAGGAUGCUGUCACUUUCCAAAGCCCAGGAGGGAAGUGUGAUGCUCUGAUGGGUCCAAGAGCCCUCCUGCCACCUUCCCAAAGCCUGCCCAGCUUUGGGAAGGAGGCCAGAGGCUUCCAACAUCCUGUCAGAGCCCUGGCACCUCAUUCCCAAACCCCAGGAAGCUUCUGCCUGUCUUAGGGGAGGAGGUGCGAUGCUCACACACACAGUGUCCCCUCCCCAAAUCACCCUCGCAACCUGGCCCCUCUGACCCUAACUGUUCCUGUACGAAGAGUUUCACCACACGCCAUUGGUGGGUAGUCAAAGCAAUAAGGCCAAGGGCUGAAUCAUGCAAGUGUUCCUAGCAGACCUCGGCUACAAGAUCGUGUGAGCAGACAAUGUGUCACCAGUCACAGACACAAUUCACAUCAUUUUUUUCCAGUUGUUGCAAUCACAUGUGGUUACUGACUGGACCUUAUGUUCAUCGCUGUUCACACGUUACUGUAUGAUUUGUCCAUAGUAGACUGUGCCUGGAGACAGUUAAUCUGAGGUUGCAGCUGAUGAUGUGGAUUCCAGUCUGAGAAGGGAAGGCGUGUAUUCCUUAAUAAAUUUGAGAGUCCUGUGUUUUAUUUGUAUCUCUCCGCUGACGGAAGGGGCUUUAGUCCAGCAGACACUUAAUGUGAGAUUAAAAGGAGGGAAGUGGUUUCCCACCCCCCGCAUUUCUCCUACGAAUCAGCUGCGCCCUCUACUAUGGGUAUUAAAUUGCUGGUCUUUGAAUGAAGGGAGGAAUACAAAUAUAUAUUUAAAAGCACGUAUGUGAUGUAUUGGAUGAAUUGGUCCUUAGUCAUGCUGUUUUCUGGAGAGCCAAAAUGAUUGCUUUUUGCCUAUAAGCUAUAAAUAGUGUGAACUGUAAAAGUGGGAAAUGGCCAUAAGGUUUAGUUCAUUGAGACAGCGGCCAUAAUUAAGUGUGCUGGCUUGUGAAUGCUGCUGAUGAACUCGACUUGAGUAGUCAUUACAUGGAUAUGUGAAUAACAAUUUUGUAGUGUGAGGUGCUUAAAGCAGUCACAGUAAUUUUGCAACGAUAGCCCAUGGCAUAAAUAAGCCUUUGAGACCAAAAACCAUCCCGUUAGUUAUUCCAGUUCCUUGUGGAGAAUUGUAUAUAAAUUAGUGUAUGUUUGAGAACAUCGGCUUAUCUCAUAUGUGGUUUCAUCUUUGAUCAAAAUAAUUAGCUCUGACUUGUGGAGAAGCUCUUUUUUUCCCUUUUUAAUAUCUCUUCAAAUAUUUCUUUAAAACUAGUCUUGCUGACUUAGCAUUUAAAUUACUGGAGGGAAAGUCUACUUGGAAACCAAGAUUUUGCUAUAUGUGGAAUGUUAUGCAACCAUUUUCUGUCUUUUUAUUGCAGCAUUCGGCUUGUUUGUCCUCACCUGCCCACAUCUACCCUGCCCAUCAUUUCAUCCACAUGUUUUAAUUUCCAAAAGUUAAAGUCCUGUGGGGGGAUAUCCCUAGGGAAUAGUUUGCACCCCUUUUGUGUGAUCAGCACUACAUCAUCACAUGAUGAAAAGGCUGAUCAUGACGAACUGGUGCCCCCCUCCUUUCAGUUUUUCUUUCUUUCCACUACAACAUUGUCCCCAAGGACAGUGCUUUACUAGCUCCCACUGUCAGGAGGUCCUACACAUGAGUAGGAGUCCUGCAGAGACACAUGCCCAACUGGCAUGUUCUCUCCCUCCUGGUCGGUUGUUCAGGAGAUUCAAAAUCUUUCUCCAGCCCGAACAUCACACCCACUGAUACCUCAAAGGCAUCAGCACACUUCAGGAUCAGCAGAGUAUAGGCAGUCAGCGUACAGACUCAGUAGCGCAGCUUUUUGGCUAAGCUACGUUUAUUUACAUAUAGACACUCAGAGCAUUGUAACUCACUCCUUCCUCUUCAGCAUCAGACAGCAAAAAACAAAAACAAAGGACAAAUGUCCUACAUCACAGAAACACAGUAAUUGAAACAUCCUGUCUCCGUCACUUCCCACAAUGUGGAAUGAAAACAUACACCAUAUACACAAUCCCAUGACUGCAGCAUGGGGAAUGAAUCCUAACACCCACCCCGCUAAGGGAAAAUUGCAAUUUGUAUGUAAAAAAAAAGUACAGGGAUGCAUUAGAUGCCACCAAGGUGGGGUUACAAGCUGUCCAUAUUGACUCAGCAUUCUGGGUCCAUUUCAGCACCGUCACAAUUUAAAUCCCAGAUUGCCAUCUGAUUACUUUGCCCACUCACAUUUAAUGACAGUUCAUGGUAAAGGAGUCGAGAACUAACUCCAUAGCCUCCAUCCAUGUAUCUCCAUUCUGGUCUUUGUUUCUCACAGCCAAAACAUCUAUGUUGCAAGCCACAGGUAAAGGGCUCCUAACAUACGAUUUCCGUGGAUGACCUAUCAAAUUUAAAGGUACUCACCACAUAUGCUGGCUGAUUUGCAGGUGAGUGUGGUGAGUACAUUUAAAUGUGACAGGUCACAUGGCAGGCUGAGUCAUGGCCGGCAUCACAUCUCAAGACCGCAAUACCUCAAGGACCACCUUAGGAACCUACUGGGACCCUGAGAUCAACCUCUGAGGCCCUUCUCCAUGAGCCUCCUCCACAAGAGGUCUGGAGGGUGGUAACAUGAGAAAAGGCUUUUUCCUCAGUGGAUCCCCAUUUAUGGAAUGCUCUCCCCGGGAAGGUUUGCCUGGCACAUUCAUUAUACAUCUUUAGGCCCCAGGUGAAAAUGUUCCUUUGGCUCAUUGACAUCCAAUGCCCUUUUCAAUGUGCUGUUAUUGGUUUAGUCAUGUUCUUAUUUUUAUUACGUAUUUUGCAUUUUUUUUAUAUAUUGCAAUUUUAUGUUGUGAUCCGCCCUGAGACCUACGGAUGAAGGGCAGUAUGCAGAUUUUAACAACAAUGACAAUCUGUUUCAGCCCUUGGUGUGAAGCUAAAGUGUGAUCGAAUGCUGGGAAUUGACUUGAUGUGCAUCUAUAUUUAGAUUAGAUUAGAUUGACAAUAACGAGAAUUGCUUAGCUUCUGUGUGUAUGCAGCCUUUUUAAACUUUGCCUUCUGUUUUUCCCUCCUGUGCAGAUGAUGGAAAUGCUUAAAACAAGCAAAGCUAGUGUGAAACUGACAAAUGUAAGUGUAAGCAUGGCGCUCACUGGGACAUGCUGUGUAGUGUUUCGUGUGCUUCUGGCCUAAAGUCUGCUGCAUGGCUUUCUGCUAUCAUCCUGUGAAUUGGGCGGCAUGUUCAGUAUCUUGUUCAGCAACACAAAUGUUUAUAUCCCUACCCUUUUAUAUUAAAAACAACAAGCCCCUCCCCCUUUUUUACAAAAGGUCUUUUGCAAAAGUAUUGGCACAGUAUUUGUGGCUAUAGUCUUGUUUGUGUCUAUUUGCACAUAUAUAUUGUUUUUAUUUUAUUUAGCAAACUGGUUUCUAUGUUGUAAUUACUGUUAGGGAAUUUGCAGCAUCUUGAGAUGGAUGUCCAAUCCGGGGAAAGGAAAUGGCUUCCAUCAAUAUGCAGGGAUGUUGCUAUAGGCUCCCCUCACCUAUCCCAUUUCCACCUGGAGCGGAGUUAGUGCCUAGCUGGCCAGGAAAGAGUCAACACAGGUAAGGGAUCAUUGAGAGAGGGAGAAUCGUGGUAUCUUGGUGUGGCCUAGGCAAAGAGAUGCAAGGCCCUCUCUCCAGACUCCUGAUCCAGUACCAUCACUUUCUCUAUCCUGAGAAACAAGAAGUAAUGAGGUAUGACAAAAGCCAUGGAACUGGCCCUGAGGUGGAUGUAAGCCAUAGAACAUUGCCUAAGGACCCAGUAUUUUGCCCAGGGCUUUCUCUCAAACCCAGAGCAGGCCCUGUUUCUCUCCCCUUGCUACCUGAUCCUGUUCAAUGCAAAUGCCAGCAACUGAGUUUCUCUAUGCAUAGCACAGGCUCUUCCAUUGAGUUAUGUUUCCUCAAAUCACAAUUUGAAUGCCACUGAUUUAUGGGAAUAAUAGUACCUGGGCCUUUUCCAUCCAUAAUAAGCUAUGGCAAUCAGCAAAGGCCUAUUGCUUCUACCUUUAGGUAUUGUACACACCGGUGUAAGUGAACAAAAUGUUAAUUGAAAUGCCCCGAAGUGCCGAGGCUUGGUACAGAGGAACGAGGUAGCACUUUUGUUAUACUCGUCUCCAGGACUCCAUUGUCAAUUUCCUACCCUAUUCUUCCAUUUCCAAGCCUGGUUUGCUCUUGAGAGGAGAACCUCGUUCCCAUUAAACCUUAUCGUGAUCCUGUGAAAUCUGCAAAUAGGGAAUGGAAUGAAACUGCCAACCUCAUUUUCAUUGUGUCCUAAGCUAUAAUUUGAGACCAGAUUGUUCAAGGUGACAGGUCAGUGCACAGUUCCAUUUUGCUCCAUCCACCUUUUGUCUCCGGACGAUUAACAGAAAAAGAGAAGCAAUAUGCAGUUUCAACUUUUCACAGCGCCUUUCUCUGAAGUGCAGUUAUAUUAUAUUAAAUGUACAAGUCCACACACAAUAUAUAUGUUUUCAGGGCUUGUAGAAUUACACGAAGCCUUGUGGGUCAGCAUAAUGGCUAAGUGUGACUGGAUCUGCCUUCUGAAUUAGUGUGGACGGAACAAUUGGUGAUUGGACAGCCGUUGACAGGAUUUAUUUGAAUCUAUUUGGGGGCGUCUCGAUGCAUUUUUCAGAAUCAGGUGCUAUAACUUUCCCUGGACUGUACCACUUCUGGUUGCCAUUAGGGGAGCUGCAGGUUUGAAUAGAUGCCCCACUGUGUACAAUGAUAGUUUCUUUCCCACCCUUCACCAUAUGGUUGCAGGAUGGGUUACUUCAAUUUAAAAAUAAAAUAGAACAAUUGAAAAGAAAUUACAGUCACAAGAACAGGGUGGGUAUUAAAACUAAAUAUAUCAAGUGUUGAAGUCCAGGGAAAAGAUGGCUGCCUUUAGCAUGGAACAGAAGCUAUAUAAAGAAGAUGCCAGACACACACACACACCUGUGUGGGGCAGCUGCCUUAAGAGAAUGCCUUCUCCCAGGUAACCUCCCCCCCAAAAAAAAACCACCUGAAGGUGGUGGAACUACUAAGAGUGCCCCACCACCAAUCUUAACACCCAAGAGGGUCAGUAGGGAAAGGAAGCGGUCUUUCAGAUAUUGGAGACUCAAAGCACCAUGAAUUGGGCUCAGAGUGAGCUGGCAACCAGUACAGCUGUUUUAAAACAAGUAAUAGGAGUUCUAAAGGGAACCCCAACCGGUAAUCUGCAGUAAUUUGGACCAGGUAGAGUGCGUUGCAAUAAUCCACUCUGGAAGUUGCCAUAGCAUGAAGUAUAGUGGCCAAGUUGUCUCUGUCCAAAAGGGGUCAUAGCUGGUUGCAGCGUUCCCAAAACAAGGAAGGAUUGGACUCUGAUUAAUAGAAUGCACACGAGACUUGACCAGCAAGACUCUGGGAGGAGGUGCCAAUAAUAAUAAUCUCUCCACCCCUUGGCCCAGGUCGUUUUAUUCACAAAAGAACUUUUUACACAGUAUUUGUAAGAACCAAUCAGAUUUCCUCUGAGCAUUUCAAAACCCCCACGUUGGACAAAGGCAGAUCAGAAGAAAUUCUUUUAACUACAAAGAAACUAUUUCCUACUUGAGCAUGCAUAUAUAGUUCAGAGUAAAUAAAAUAAGAAGCAAGGAGGAAUGCUUUUAGGAAACUCCGGAGGUCAUAAACAGGCAGGAAAGGAAGGAAGGAUGGCAAGGAAAGAGUAUUUACCAUCUCCUUGUGAACUCUCUUCCUGGCCUUAAGAUUAACAAAACUAACAAUAGCUACAUCAAAGAAGCUACCUACUAUCUUUAUGACCCAGGAUGCCUGAUGAACAACUGGCCUGUGUGUUUAGAAUGCUUAUAUGUGCCUGUCAGGUGUAGAGAAAGCAAAUGGCAGAGGUGCAGAGGCUUGUGGGAUUGGAUCAGAAACUAUUGUCGAUGAAUCAAACCCAGUCAACGCAAUGCUUUCAUUGCUGACACCAAUGGCUUGCUCCAUAUUUCAUAAUUCCUCAUAGCAACCCCACCUGACCCCCACACCCUGGAUAUUUGCACCCCCACACUGGUGAACCAGUCGUAGUUGAAAAUAGGCGCUGUUAGCCCCUGAGACUAUCUGAGACUCCCGUGACAAUGCUGGGUUCAGAAGUACCUGCUCCUUCCAAGGGAGUGCAGCCUCCAUCCGAAACAGGCCUCCUCUCCACUCCCUAGACACAAGAGCAAAUAAGCCCUCUGUCUUUUCAGAAUUCAGCUUCCGUUUAUUGGCACGUCAAGAAAAAGAUAGGCGGAACCUGGAGAAUAGGGUUACAGAUAAAGAAGCCAGUGUGGUGUAGUGGUUAAGAGUGGUAGUCUCGUAAUCUGGGGACCUGGGUUCGCGUCUCCGCUCCUCCACAUGCAGCUGCUGGGUGACCUUGGGCCAGUCACACUUCUCUGAAGUCUCUCAGCCUCACUCACCUCACAGAGUGUUUGUUGUGGGGGAGGAAGGGGAAGGAGGAUGUUAGCCGCUUUGAGAUUCCUUAAAGGGAGUGAAAGGCGGGAUAUCAAAUCCAAACUCUUCUUCUUCUUCUUCCCUUUCAGACUCAGAGGUAGGCCUGUAGCAAGUCUCUCUUGCAGUUGCCAAAAUCAAAGGCACAGAUAAAUACCACAAGUAAAACAUACAUGCAUACGCACACCAUGAGCGACACCUGCAAAAAUAUCCACAUCCCCAGCUGCUUUCCAUAGUCAUGAGGUCAUGCUCCCUAAUGACAAGCUGAUUAAGACAAUCUAGCAGCAGAUAAUGUGGUAUCUACCUUCCAUCGUCAGAACAUAAUCAUCCUUCUAGAGGUGUAAUUUUCAUUCCUCUUUUUCUGGCAAGAAAGGAAGGACAAAAUAAAAGUGUUUCUUAACAUGGACCGCACACCACCACCUCUGCUCUAUUUUAAUCACACACACCCCACCUCAAUCAGCAUAACCUAAUGAGAAGAGGAAGGGGGAAAGAAUUCUAGAAAAGUCAGCAUUUUAUUAACCUGAAAAUAAAUGAAGCCAGCAAUUAAUUGCAUGUGACUGAAUGCGAUGCUGCAGUAAUGCACACAACUAUGUAAAACUAUCUUGUAUCUGAGUGUUCCACUUUCCAUUUGCUUAUCAUCUAAGUAGUCUAAUUUUGGAGACAUUUCUUCCUGCUCUGUAUCUUUUAGGAGAUAAGACAUGACAUUCCAGGGAACAAUGGCAUUUGAUCUAGAAGAGCGUAAGUGCUCUAUCUGCCUGUCCAGCCAGCCCUUGUGUUUCAGUGAAGUUGGGUUGCUGGGAGAGGGGGAGCAGCCUGAAAUUUAACGUAGACAAGGGGGCUGCUGCACCAAAACAGAUUCAAGAAGACCAUGUGCGUGCGCAUAAAAUGGCUUGUGAGAUUGCAGCCAUUAUUGUCUUACUGGGAGUUCUGGUAAUCAACAAUUUAGCAAAUAGCUAAAAUAGUUGAAUAUAACAGAGGCUAAAGCACUUACCGUCCCAAUUGCUUAAAAAACAACAACCCCACAAUUAUAGAACAAGGUAAGUUACAUACACAAAAAGCAACUGAAAUUAUCAAUUGGUAUUUGGACUGUUACAAAAAAAGAAAGCAGGUGACAAGGAGGACCAAAUAACCUUUUAUAUACUUGAUCAGUGGUGUCAAAUGAGGGCAAAAUUCUCAGAGGCUGAUUGGCAGUAAGCCCAGAACUAAAACGGGACUUCCCAUUUGCAGUUCCUUCUCCUCCACAAAAGUGAAUGCACUUCAUUCAGAACAUGAAACAAAUCCACUUCAUGUCUUGGCCUUUGCCCGAUAGUUGCCUGCCAUAUCUGUGAUGGAGGUGACAUCGAAAGGAAGGGCUCUGAAGGUGAUCUCAAGACACAGAUUGAGGUGAAUAUGGAAAUGGUCCAUAUUUUGUCCCAAGUCAUGACUGUUGCUCUAGAGGGAAACAUCUCUCUUUAGAGAAGCUGGUUGUUUAAGAAGUCAUCUGAUUUUGCAUCCUCCCUUUGAUUAAACCACAAACUUGACAUGAGCCAACAGUGUGACGCGGCAGCUAAAAAAGCCAAUGCAAUUCUGGGCUGCAUCAAUAGGAGUAUAGCAUCUAGAUCAAGGGAAGUAAUAGUGCCACUGUAUUCUGCUCUGGUCAGACCUCACCUGGAGUACUGUGUCCAGUUCUGGGCACCACAGUUCAAGAAGGACACUGACAAACUGGAACGUGUCCAGAGGAGGGCAACCAAAAUGGUCAAAGGCCUGGAAACGAUGCCUUAUGAGGAACGGCUAAGAGAGCUAGGCAUGUUUAGCCUGGAGAAGAGGAGGUUAAGGGGUGAUAUGAUAGCCAUGUUCAAAUAUAUAAAAGGAUGUCACAUAGAGGAGGGAGAAAGGUUGUUUUCUGCUGCUCCAGAGAAGCGGACACGGAGCAAUGGAUCCAAACUACAAGAAAGAAGAUUCCACCUAAACAUUAGGAAGAACUUCCUGACAGUAAGAGCUGUUCGACAGUGGAAUUUGCUGCCAAGGAGUGUGGUGGAGUCUCCUUCUUUGGAGGUCUUUAAGCAGAGGCUUGACAACCAUAUGUCAGGAGUGCUCUGAUGGUGUUUCCUGCUUGGCAGGGGGUUGGACUCGAUGGCCCUUGUGGUCUCUUCCAACUCUAUGAUUCUAUGAUUAUCUGGUUUGCUUUUCUAUACUUCCACAUGGCAUGCUGAUAAAGGCAGAGGGCCUUCUUGGUAGUGGUGCCCUCCCUGUGGAACACCCUCCCAUCAGAUGUCAAGGAGAGGAGUAACUAUAUAAACUUUUGAAUACAUUUGAAGGCGGCUCUGUAUAGGGAAGGUUUUUAAAUGUUGAGUGUUGUGCUAUGUUUUAUAUGUGUUGGAAGCUGCCCAUAGUGGCUGGGGCAACCCUAUCAGCAGAUGGGCAGGAUAAAAAUAAUAAAUUAUUGGGGCUCCGCUAGGGGCGCCACGGAAGAUGGCCGACAAUACCAUCUCUCCAGCUCCCACGAGGUAAUUUAGAGGCUGAGAUGGGAGUAAUCAGCCUCCCAAAUUCUUCCCGGUGGAAAGGAAGAUGCAGUCUCAUCCAUGGUGCCCAACAAACCACCCCUGAGUUCAUAAAGAAGGAGGGGGUGGGGCACUGGAUGGAAAGCCCCCAAGGGGGUUUGGAUCUCCUGGACGCUGUCUCCACGAGCGCACCUAGUUCCAUUUCUUAAGAUAAAAAAUUGGAUUUAAGUUCUUGGACAUGCUUCAAGUGAAGAAGGGGUAAUUAAUCUGCCAAUUAAGCCAGCCACUGAGGUGCCAAGAGUGACGGAGAGGAAGAAAGAUAACAUCUAAGAAUAACAUCUAAGCCGGUUGGAACGGAAUGGAAAGGAGGGGGGAUAAAACUAAACACUUAAAAUACUUGGGGGGUCGUGGGCAAUUCAUUUGUCCUGACUCAAAAAAAAGCACACACAGAAAGACAGAUGCACAAACACACACACACACAUGAUUCCCACUUGCAGUGCAAUCCUAUUCAUAGAAGUAAGUUUCACUGGCCAGGUUCACUUGUAAUGCUGAGCCAUGGUUAAGCCACGGCUGGUUUGGGACCAUCAGAUUAAACCAUGGUUUAUCACAGGGAUGAUGACCUUCAGACCCAGGAGUCAAAUGCAACUCUCUAAGCCUCUCUAUGUGGGUUUUAGGACUCUCCCCGCCUCACACUCCUCACAGGCCCCACUUCAUACCAUCCUUUACUGGUUUUGAAAUGUGCCCUAGAAUUCUGGUGAUGCCUUUUUCUUGCCUGGCUAGAAAAGAGAGACAGCUGUGUAGAAACCAGUGUAUUCUACAAAGAUAACAUUUACAUUCAUUCUUCCACCCAGAGUUGCCAACUUGAAGAAAAUAAUUGGUCACCUGAUGUGGUGCACGCACACCAUUCGAAUGGCAAUGCCCAUCAACUGGGGGGGGUGUGUCCUCAAAUAUUUUAUUGGGGGGGUGAUGAAGACCCCUCGACCCCUAAGCGUUGGCUCCUAUGCUUUCACCCUUUUGACCUCUGGUCAGGCCCACUGCUGGCAUGUGGCCCUCAGAAGCGCAUGUGGCCCUCAGGCUGAAAACAUUCCCCACCCCUGGUUUAGCAUUAUGUGUGAACCAGGUCACAGUCCCCAGAGGAGCUUCGCCUCUAAAGAGUGCAUUUAGGAUUUCGGCCUAAAUGAAAAUGGUGUGCAAUGAUUCAGUUUGUCCUUAAAUUUCUGAGAUCACAUUCCUCCCUAAUUACUAAGAUAAAAGGAUAUCUGGAUCAUAGGCCUGGAUUGCAUAAGGAAAUAUAAGUCAGAUUCAGCUCUUUGACCCAGCCAGCAGGGAAAAUAAAUUGAUGUGUCUAUCAAGGCUGCCGAAGCUAAGAUCUGCUGUUUAAUUCAGCACGUUUGGGACUCUCCAAUAGACUUCCUGGAUGCCUACAGCCAUCUCUAGAAUAAGAACUCAUAUUCUCUAAGGGAUCCUUGUUCUCGGUUCAUCUUGGCAGGGGAAGCUAAUAUUGCUGCCACCUUAUUUGUGCCCAAGGACAUCUUCAGAGGUAAAUCAGAAAGCGCCAGGGACAAAUAAUUGAAAAAGCGAGAGAGAAAGUUUGUUCAAUCCGCUAUAGCUGCUGUUGUAUAACAAAACUCAGUAGAAAUGAUAUGAUCUCAGAAGUGGUGUCGGUUACUCCAGUGGGAAAUUAUUGAGAGAACUACUGGGACAGCUCAGUUGCUAGAACAUGAGGCUCUUAAUCUCAGGGUCAUGCGUUUGAGCCCUGUGCUGCAGGGGGGUGGACUAGAUGCCCCUUGUGGUCCCUUCCUAUUCUAUGUUUCAUUGCUUUAGCCCAGGUAGUUUAGUUCAAGGUAUCCCACAUGCCACAGGCAGCAUUUUCAAUGGCCUGGCACAAGACACCAUGUCUCCCUUUUGCCUUUUCUGCUGUUGGCUGCCAUUGGGUUGCACAGAGGUACAGAUUAGGGCUGGGAAAUAGUGACCUGUCUGAGUGCUGUAUUUUCUCAUGGAUAACCUUCACCAGCAGUCGGCAGAACAGCCAGAAACAAAAGAGGGCAGGCCAAUAGAUCACAGAAUCUUUGUAGAGUUGGAAGGGACCCAAGGGUUAUGUAGUCCAGGGACGUCCAACCAGUAGAUCAUGAUCUACGGUAGAUCCCUGACUGAUCCCGGUAGAUUGCAGGAUCCUUAUCCUUUUUGAGGGAUCCUCCCUCAAAAAAGCUCAACAACUCUGGUCAAUCCACCCAUCCUAUGCACACUUCUCCCUCCCUCCAACGACAAUGGGUAGAUCACUGUCAGUUUUUUAGUACUGGGAGUAGAUCACAGUCUCUUGGGAGUUGGAUAUGCCUGCCCACCCCCCUACAAUGCAGGAAUUCUCCCCACAGCCAUCCCUGGGUGGGCUCAAACCACCAACCUUCUGGUUAACAGCCAGACCCACUGACCCACUGCGCCACAGGAGGACUCCAGACUCUUGCCCUUAUAUAGUAGGCUACAUUGCAGCUAUGCAAACGUGAGAUGCUAUCUCCACCCAGGCAACAAGAGGCAUGACAAGGUUAUAUUCCAAACCAGGCAAAAUCACUCAGGUAAGGCAAGCAGACUCACCUGUGGACAAUCCAGGGGGCAGCCCAUGGCUCAUAGGUUCCCCAGCCCUGGUGUGGGCAGUAAAAGCAGGUCUCUUGUGCCAAUGAAACAGUCCUUUUUUUCUUUUUUCUUAGUAUCCUGUCAAUAGCUGCCCAUUGUAAGAAUGCGUGGUAUAAAACAGAACAGCCUUGUCAGUAUUAUUUUGUUACAUUUCACAACAACCCUAUAAGGUAGGUUAGGCUGAAAGAUAAUGACUGGCCCAAGGUCACUAAGGACUCAGAUGUUGUUGUUUAGUCGUUUAGUCGUGCCCGACUCUUCGUGAUCCCAUGGACCAGAGCACACCAGGCACUCCCGUCUUCCACUGCCACCCGCAGUUUGGUCAAACUCAUGCUGGUAGCUUCGAGAACACCGUCCAACCAUCUCGUCCUCUGUCGUCCCCUUCUCCUUGUGCCCUCCAUCUUUCUCAACAUCAGGGUCUUUUCCAGGGAGUCUUCUCUUCUCAUGAGGUGGCCAAAGUAUUGGAGUCUCAGCUUCAGGAUCUGUCCUUCCAGUGAGCACUCAGGGCUGAUUUCCUUAAGAAUGGAUUGGUUUGAUCUUCUUGCAGUCCAUGGGACUCUCAAGAGUCUCCUCCAGCACCAUAAUUCAAAAGCAUCAAUUCUUCGGCGAUCAGCCUUCUUUGUGGUCUUUAUGGUUCUUUAAGGACUCAGAUAUACGGCUGCAAAUAAAACAUUUUAAGUGUAUUAUGCAAAUGUGACACUAUAUGGUGAGCUACGGCAAAUUCAAUAUAUUUUUCAAAACUUUUUUUUAAAGCAUUUUCACAACGUUUUUUAUAUGUGUUCAGAUGUCACCCUCAUGUGCCCCAUUGUUGAGAGGGUCUGAACCUGGGUCCCCAGUCCUAGUCCUAUAGCCUCAAUACAUCACCCCUAGCCCUCUUAAAAGGUAAAAGUACCCCUGCCCGUACGGGCCAGUCUUGACAGACUCUAGGGUUGUGCGCUCAUCUCACUCUAGAGGCCGGGAGCCAGCGCUGUCCGCAGACACUUCCGGGUUCGCGUGGCCAGCGUGACAAGCUGCAUCUGGUGAGCCAGCGCAGCACACGGAACGCCAUUUACCUUCCCGCUGGUAAGCGGUCCCUAUUUAUCUACUUGCACCCAGAGGUGCUUUUGAACUGCUAGGUUGGCAGGCGCUGGGACCGAACGACGGGAGCACACCCCGCCGCGGGGAUUCGAACCUCCGACCAUGCGAUCGGCAAGUCCUAGGCGCUGAGGUUUUACCCACAGCGCCACCCGCGUCCCUUCCUAGCCCUCUUGGGGAUCCUUUAAUUGAAAUGCUGGUUUGGAAUCUUACGACAUUGCUGUCUCAGCAAAAGAAAGAAACGGGAAAAAGAUGCACACAUACAUACGCAUGCACAAAGAUGCGGGCAUCCUCCUUGCAUUGCAUGGAGGGACUGGGCCCCCUUCAAACAAAUUUUGAGGGGGCUGAAGACACCUCUGCCCAGAAGAAUAGCAAGGUCAGGUGGUACCAGGUGCAGAUUUGGGGGGGUCACCCCCCAUCAACUGCUCAGGGUAGGCUUGGGAGUCGUGGGCGGGUGGCACGCUAAAUGUCACCCCCCUCAGUGAUGACACCUGGGGCGGUCCGCCCCCCCUUCCUAUGCCUCUGCCUCCGCCUGAGCCCCAUGAGACCUCCAGGUAUAGGGCCGUAUAAUAAUAAUAAUAAUAAUAACAAUAUAAUAAUACAGUCAUACCUCAUAUUAUGUUUGCUUCACAAUACGUUUUUUCAGGUUGCGUCCUGCGGUGACCCGGAAGUACCGAAAAGGGUUCCUUCCAGGUUUCGCCGCUCCUCACCGCUCGCGCAUGCGCAGACUCGCAAAAUGACGUCGCACGCAUGCACAGAAGCGGCGAAUCACAACCUGUGCAUGCACAGACGCGCCGCUGCAGGUUGUGUUCUGCUCAUGUUGCGAAUGGGCCUCCGGAACGGAUUCCGUUUGCAACCAGAGGUACCACUGUAAUAAUAAUAAUAAAUCUACUCCUGGGUUGUUAACUCCAUGUGGAAGACGCCUGGUCUACAUAGUUCAUGCGCAAGCACUCAUGAGAAUCUGCAGCAUAACAUUCUAGCUUAAUCCCGAAUUUUGUCUUUGUAUACACAAAAUCUUGGCAUCCAGCCAGUUUUGUUUUUUUAAUUUCUGGUUUCUUGGCAGCGCUGCCCCACAUUAGCAUUUGCCCUUCCAUAAACGAGCAGAGCUUCAUGGAACUAUAUUAAUAUAGCCCAUCUCCUGAAGUGAGGUUCCCCGCCCAUCCUUCACAUAAUAUAUACGCACAUUGAAAGUCUAAAUUGAAUUUUAAAAAUACUUGUGUGUUACCUUCCGUACUGACAUACAGCAUGGAGUUUUGUCGCAAAUGCUCUGAAAGUGUUCUCUCGCAACCACAUGGGGAGGGGGUCAAGCAGGGCCACUGAGAAAUGGCAGGGGAGGCCUCUCAGCCUGCUCAGAUGAACCCCAAGGUGUGCUGAAGUACAAAGCAUGGGGUUUUCUUUUAAGGCAGGGCAUCCCACCCCACCUAAACACAGCUCAGUAAUGGCUGGCCAUGCUCCUUGGCCUGUAGGAUCCGUAAUAUGUUCAGUCAGAGGCAGUGAGGGGAGGGAGGCAUUGUCCCGCUUGAGCCCCCAGCCUUUUGUAAUACCCUGAAAGGGAAUGUCCCUGCUGGCUGGAGCUUGGAACAGGAGUAUUCCGUAGGAGCGAUGGCACACUUCAACCAUAUAAUCCAGACGAUAUAAAUAAGAGAAGGAACAGCUUUUGCCAGAUUCACUCCAAACAGUGUUGAAUUCGGUGUUGAUUGUACUAAGAGUAGACCCAUUGACAUUGGUGGGCAUAAGUUAAUUAGAUCCAUUAAUUUCAGCAGCCUACUCUGACUAGAAAUUCAAUACAGUGGUACCUCAGGUUACAGACGCUUCAGGUUACAGACUCCGCUAACCCAGAAAUAGUACCUCAGAUUAAGAACUUUGCUUCAGGAUGAGAACAGAAAUUGUGCUUCGGCGGCAGCGGGAGGCCCCAUUAGCUAAAGUGGUGCUUCAGGUUAAGAACAGUUUCAGGUUAAGAACGGACCUCCGGAACGAAUUAAGUACGUAACCAGAGGUUCCACUGUAGUGUUCUAUAUUAACCAUCUCUGUCCAUUCCUUACAUGGUUUCCAGCCUUAUCAGUACAUCGGUGUUAUAUCUUGCUGCUCUGGGCUCCUUCAGGAGGAAGGAUGGGGUACACAUUUAAAAAUAAUAAUAUAUAAGUUUUAACAGAUCUUUUCUUUCUGCCUUUAUCCAACGGCAAAGGCAUAUGAAAUAGCUGCCCAUGUUAGGCUGAAAUUAUGUGUACAUUUACGUUUUAGUAGAUCCCAUUCAACCCAGUAGGAUUUAUCUUGGACCACUUUGCAGGUGACUGGGCUGUUAAUUCCUCUGUCUUGAGAUUACUUACAUAUAGGCAGCAUCAAGCACUAUUCCUUCAGUGAAUAAUUUAAAAUAAUGGCUGGCAGAAGUGAGAGCGAUGAUCUCUUAAGUCUUCUGUGGUACUUUGGCACAGCCUUAUUACAAAUCCAUGAAUGGUUAUUGCCUUUGUAAAGUCCCAGGUGUUUGUUCAAACGGAGGCAUGAUUUCUCUCUCUGUCUCUCUCUCUCUCUCUCUUAUCCUGCAAUGAAGAGGGUCUUACAGGACCGGCAUAAGAACUGAUGAAAGUGAACAGAGUUUAUUCUGCUUUGUGAUGAGCAGGCUCUAUUUCACUAGAGUUGCAAAGCUCUGACUCAACAGAUCUAUUCCAGAGCAUCUCCCAGAGUUCAAAAGAAUCAACCAAGUCACUUGGCUCCUCACACAUCUUUUUCAGCAAUAUAGUCAUCAGUUCUGUUCUCAUACACAACACCUAGAUUUAUUUCUGCAUCCUGCCAUUUUGCUAAUGCACCUUUUAAGCCGACAUGUCACACAUGUCGAAUUUUAUUUGGAGUGUGCAAAUUUUAUUUGGAGAAAGGGGAGUUCAGUAAGUUAUCCUGGAGUAAAUGAAAGAGAAUUGCCCCGAGAAUUGCAAUCUGACUAAAAUGAAUUAUUCUGAUGCAAAUUUCUGUGGCCUUGCCGUCAUCUUUCUCUGGAGAUCACUGUGCUUCCUCAACCCCUCACUGGUUUUCUACCAUCUUGUGAAGAUGUUUUUAUUUCAAUAGGCAUUGUUUCAUUCUCUGGAAGUUUAGUAUGUUUGAAUAUGCCGUUCCCGUCUAGUUUUCUUUUAGCUUGGGGUUUUGUUUGUUGAUUAUUUUAAUCUCUAUGCUGUAAGCCACUUUAAGCUUUUUUUAAAAAAACAGAAAGGGAGGGUAUAAAUGUUUGUAAUGAAUAAAAUAAUAUUUAUUUAAAUGGAUAUUAUUGGCAUCUUAGAAGCUUAGGAUCAGUAUGUAUCCUCGUGGGAGCUGAAUCCUGACCUCUAGGCAUUAAAAACCGAAAUGCUGCCUGAUUAUCCUUUUUCCAAAAAAAAAAAAAAAACCAACCUGAAAUCCCACCUCACAUAAUUCUCCUGUAGAUACAGUUGCUUGCUCAAUAUUGCCCCUAAAACAGGAGUUGACUUAUUUGUGCAUUUCUGGAGUUGUGAAGUCUUCAUUGAGUUAUUUUCUCACUUCAUCUCCCGAGGAGUGACUUGCCUGAAAACAGUCCCACAAGUCAAUUGUGGAACCUAUCAUCUGAAGCUGAGAGCUAGUUUUCAAACCUUCUCUAAGACAGGUUUUUUUUAACUGUGUAAGAGCAUUGCUGGAUCAGACCAAUGGCCUAGCGAGCCCAGCAUUCUUUUCUUACAGUGGCCAACCUGAUACCUAAGGGAAGCAGUCUACUGUCUCUGUGUGAAAGACUUUAUUGCCCCUAUAUUGGAAAUAAUAUUUUUCUAAUAGGCAGCAGUUGGGGGUUUGAGGACCUUGAAGACCUGGGGAAUCAUGCAGAAGGGCAGAAAACUGGUGGUUCAGGAGAAGUUGGGAAGAACUUUAGAGGUAUAAAAACAACACCCAUUAAAUAACUUUUUGUUAGGGUCUAUUGAAAAGUCAGAAAGUGGUAAGAAAACUUUUGAAUUCCCCAAAACGUCUCUUCAUAUUAGAUGUUCAGGGAACAAAAUAUUUCUAGCUCUCAAAUUAUUAUAUAGGUCGCUUAUUAGCUUAUUGAUAAUGUGAUAGAAUAGCAACUUAUAGGCUCAGGGUCUUGAUUGAAAAAAGGAACUUAGUACACAGAAUAUUCUCAGAUACUGCACUUGGGCUGAGCAAGGCACAGGUCAGCCUGGCAGACAUUGGAGUGAAUUGCUUCUCAGAGGGCUGAUAAAAUAAUUCUCUGGUGUGUAAUGCCCAAAAGUAUGUUGCAAGAAUUUUAAUAUAAUCAAUCAGAAUCAUUCCUUGAGGACCAGGUGCAAUUCUGCUUCUGGGCACACUGCCCACUCUAAAUGAAUUGGGAUCUUGACCCAAAUUAAGUCUCUGAAAUGGUGACCCUAGGGAUUGGCACAUUUGUUUUGCGAACAAGUGAACAUGGGAUGCAUACUGUGAUGGCGAAUAAGGUCAUGUCUACGAGGCCACAACCUACUGGCUAAUGCUUGAAAUAUUAACUUCAAAAUAUACUCUUCCUCUGCAAUGCAGUUUUUUACUGGGGUUAUAAACAUGUACGUUUUGAUAGGAGCAGUGGAGGCAGGAAGCCCAGUGGUAGGUGGAGCCAUAGCUAACUAAUUCUGGUUUUGUCCUCACCCUCCUCCUUCUUGAAUUCUACAAGGGCAACUCUGUGACUAAGGAGGAGGACGAUGAAACUGACAGGCUGUGCUACCCCUUGGACUAAUUAUAAAUAAGAUAGCAGGCAUGUAGGGUCUGGCUAAGGGCAGACUGAAGUGGACAGGGCAGUGCCCCAUUUAACCUAACGGCUGUUUCAAAGUCUUUGUUAGCUUUCUAGAAAAAGAGGUGCCUCCCUUGUUCUCUUAUAAUGGCGCCCAUCUGAGAGGUGCCAGAACUAUGUUUUCAAAUGGACAUACUGUGGAGUAAUGCAGAAUCAAUCAGCAGUAAGCUUUUCUGAAUGAGGCCAGUUUCACAAGAAGCACUUUUCAGCUACAAAAGGAAAACAAACAAACAAACAAAAAGCCAUAGAUCUAGACUCUGUGUGCAGUACAUAAGGGGGGAAGCUACUCAAUCUCCAUUGAUUCAAAAUGGCGCCCAAUUUUUGACAUAUUUCCCCAUCCCCACCUCAGGAACCCCUGUGCUGAGUUUGGCAACGAUAUCUGGAGAAGUGGCUGAAAUUAUGUCAAAAAUGGGCAAAGUUGCACCAAAGUGAUGCUUUGAUCUUGAUUCACAAUGGCACCUGGUGUCCAAAUGGCAACAAAGUCUGUUUCUCCACGUCAGGAACCCUUAUGCCAAGUUUGGUGGUGAUAUCAUGAGACACAGCCAUACCUAGGCCAAAAAACGAGUGAAGUCACAGCAAAGUGAUGUUUAGAGCCACCAUCUUGAUUUAAAAUGUCUGGCAUCCAGACACUGAAAAAGAUCACCACCCCCAUCUCAGGAAUCCCCAUGGCAUGUUUGGCAACAAGUAUCUCGAGGCAGCUUGACCUACAGAGAACAAGCAGACACACCACUUUCCAGAAUCUAUUGUAAAUGAAAUUGAAAAUAGGUACUCAUACCUGUUGCAACAGGAUUCAUUAUAAUAACCACACAGUACUUCUUAAUGGGAUACAUGGAUAUGGCAUUACCUUAUUACAUUUAAUGCUCUAGUCUAGCUAAAAGGUUUGAUAAUGAAGCUGCUUGCUUCCAAAUUAUGUCCGUAUCUGUAUCUAGCUUUGCCUCUCAGGAGAGAAAAAUGCUGCAGAGGACUCAGCUGUCUACUUCUUCAGCGGUCAUGCUCCUCAGUGCCUUAUCAGGAAGCACAGAGUAAAAAAGAAAAAGAAAAUCCUUAAGAGGCUUAGAAGUGCUCUUGGUGUCCAGGGAAACAUUUAGGAAAGGGAAGGGGGGGAAAUAACCAAAGGUAUUUCUAGGAAGAAAUUAGAGCAACGCAGGUCCUUCUGGCUCAGGCUGAAACUGGACACAAUUUGCAGACGUAAUGGUGCUAUUGGCAAAUCAGCCUGAAAAUGGGAACAGUCCAGUUGACCUAUAAAUGACCCCGUCCUGCAUGGACGGCAGGUUCUUACAGAAUGUAUAUACACCCUUGCUUAAAGGAUGCAUUCACCCAUAUGUGUCCAUUCCUUGAUGACCACAGCAUCAAGUGAUGCAGUGAAACAGCCAUCAUAGAUAAGGAACCAUGGAUGAAGCUUUCAGCAGGCCCAGCUUUUUCAAUAAAUAAGUUCACAGAUUCAGUGCCAUUAGGGUUGCCAUAUUUAAAAAAGUGAAUAUCUGGACACAAAAGUCAUUGAAGUUUUUUUGGCAAUGUUGCUGAGCUUUAAAAUCAUCCCCCCAAAAAUAAGAAGUAGUUUCUGGGCUAUCUUUAAGGGAAAUUGCCAAAAACGACACUGCCAACAUGGGUUUCCAUAUUGGAGAAUUUUUGCAGUUUUCGCCCGGACGCUGCUUCCGACUGCAGUAUUCCAGCUAUGUCCAGGAAAUUCUGGAUAUACGGCAAGCCUAAAUGCCGUGUCAUCAAACCACUUGUAAAUCUACUCCAAGAUCUGGUGUGUUAUUUGGGUCAACUCAAAUCUACACUUGUACAACACUUUUUUUGCUAGUCUAUCAGUUGUGGCUUAGUUCACAAAGCUGUUUGAGAUCUAGUUGGUGAAGCUGCCUUCUAUUAUGACGUACAGGGACACAGGUGGCGCUGUGGGUUAAACCACAGAGCCUAGGACUUGCUGAUCAGAAGGUUGGCGGUUCGAAUCUCCACGACGGGGUGAGCUCCCAUUGCUCGGUCCCUGCUCCUGCCAACCUAGCAGUUUGAAAGCACGUCAAAGUGCAAGUAGAUAAAUAGGUACUGCUCCGGCGGGAAGGUAAACGGCGUUUCCGUGCGCUGCUCUGGUUUGCCAGAAGUGGCUUAAUCAUGCUGGCCACAUGACCCGGAAGCUGGAUGCCGGCUCCCUCGGCCAGUAAAGCGAGAUGAGUGCAGCAACCCCAGAGUCAGCCUAAUGGUCAGGGGUCCCUUUACCUUUACCUUUACCGAGACAGGCCUUUUGUUGAUUUAGCCCAGUAUUGUGCUCUUUGCCUGGCUACAGCUAUCCAAGCUCUCAAGCAGUGAUCUCUUCCACCCCUAUUACCAGCUGCCACUAGACACUUUCACAGUCUCAUGGCACCUAGACUUUGCCUCCACAGUCGGAGGCUGCAUGCUUCUGAAUACCAGUGCUGGAGAAUUCAGGAGGGGAGAUGGUCUUCUCCUGGGCUUUUGGUUGGCCACUGUGAGAACAGGAUGUUCUUAUGCAAAAGCUCAAAUCUACUUGAAGGCCUUUAGUUUACCAAAGUGAAGCCAUGACUGAAGGAACCAUAGGGUCUGUGGCCCAGUAAUUGAUGAUCCUAAAACUUACUUCAAAUAUCAGUCAAGGGUUUGCUGGUUUCAGACAGUGGAAGAACACACCAGCCUUCUCAGGAACAAAAUAUAUGUGGGACUGAAAUAACUAAUCUCACCCUUGGCUUCCAUCUUUUUUCUGUGUUGUCCAGGUCCCAAAGGCUUGGAUUGGACAACAAUGCUGUUUUAAAGAACAUAUAAAUAUUCCACCAUCAUUGUAUUAAAAUUCCAUUUAACAGAUUCUAAAAUCCUCAAUCCCGUACAAGCUUAACCACCUUCCCUUUUGGGGAAGAGAUUUCUUUAGGAUCAAGCAAGCACCAUGAAGUUUCACCAGCUGUGCAAACAGAUCUGCUGCCUCAGUUCUUUCAUGUCAGAAAGCUUUUGAGUAUGUAGCUUUUUUCGGCUCUUUGUUGGAUUUUCAUGACUUUCUUCUACUUUUAUCUGCAAGAUGCAUCUCUGGAAAUGCAAGGCCCAGAUAACCCCCAGGAAGUUCUAUUUCUGACUACUAGGGAUGGACAAGUCUGUCAAUUUUGGUUUUCUUUUGUUUUCUCAUUUUUCCACUUUUAAGUUUAGUCCUCCGCAUUUCUGUACCUGUUUGAGAUUUAUUCUUUAAGUCCUAAUGAAAAUUCAUCAGCAUUUUAGUGUGGAUUUCUCCUAAUCUGCACAUUUUGGUAUGUAAUUUUACUGAAGAGAUAUCUCUUUUGCCAGCAGUAUCCCUUAAUAUAUGCAUUUUUGUACUAAUUACUUGGUUGGAGUACUGCACCAUAAAAUUUAGAGGAGUGUGAAUUUUGAAGCAUAGCUCUGUUUUAGUUCAUUUAUUGUGUCAGGAAGUGUGAAUUAAACAGAUGUGCAUUAAAAUGUGAACUGAAUUUCCCCUCCCUCCCUAGUGAUUACUUGAAAAUAUUAUUUUGAGUCUUUGGCCUUACUCCGAUUUGAAAGUUAAAGUGAGCAAAUCCAGAAACUCCACGAUGUAAUGGAGGCAAUUGUAAUUGUGGUUCUGAUUACAAUUUAUUUGCUUUUUAAAUUACUGUCUGGCUGGUUUAGCUAUGAGCAUGAUUUCUCUUGAGUAUAUUUCCGGUGGGUUUCCCCCCUCCCUCCUUUUUUAAUAUAGGGGAGAAAAUGCAACGUAUUCAUCAAGGCGGAAAUUGCUUUUCCUUAUUAUUUAAAACGUAUUCACUCCUGUUGAAAUGAACUUGUUGACAUGCACCAUGUUUUCUUUUUGAAUUUGACUUCCGUCUUCCCUGCAGUUGGGACUCUAGGCUGAGUUGGUUUACAGAGCAUGUUUCAUUAAGCCCUCGUUUCAAGGAGAUUAACGAGCCACAUGCAGCUCUGAACAGGGCAGCUAAUUAUUGGUAAUGUAGUUUCGCAGCAGCGUUGAAGGACCAACUCCCAGCUGGCUCUAACUGAGGCUGUGGCAAAGCCCUGGUGGGAACUCCCUUGCCUGGUCCUGCAGAACCUCCCCUUUUGCUAGUUCAGAAGAACACUCUGGAUAAAAAUAGUCAUAUACGAGUUAUUGAACUGCAGUGGUUAGCAAGGGUGGUAUUGUGAGAGCAGAAAAAGAAGAAAGUGAUGAAGUGCCAGGAAGCUCAAAAGAUUUUGAAAAACCCUGGAAGGGAAAUGUUGAAUGAUGAGCCAGAAAAUUCCCUUCACACAGAGAAAUGUCAAACAUAAUAGGGAGGCAUUCGCUUCGUAGUUUUGAAUGGCAGCUUAUGCUGUACACCUCACGUUAUCCUACGCUCCUCCAAUGCUCUUCUCUUGUGCAAAAUAAGUUGUGCUUUUCUGUACAAUGGGUAUCAUGCUCUAAUGCCUCUCCAGCAAAGCAAAACCCACUUUGUUCAUGUUUCAAACUGAACGGUCAAGUGCAAAAGAAGAAGAAGCCAUGAGCAGUCAAGCGAAAGAAUGAGAAAAAUAGUUGCUCCCGAAAAACAUUGCUGCUUUAGUGCAUUUUUAUGGGCUUUCCCCUUUGUGCCUGUAGCACAGGAGCUUCUCAGCUGGGAGGGGUCACAAUGGGGCAAUACAUGGAACAUUGAUCUUUGUACAGUAAGCUACAAUCCACCCACCCGAAAGACAGAGGUUCCUACACCCAUCUCUUUCCAUCCAGGCAAGCAAACAGCAUUGUUGAUGGUCCAGAACACAUUCCAGCCAGGCAAAAGAACUGAGGAGGGUGUGGAGCAGGGCCAUUGAGGAGCAUGGCCUAGGGAGGGGUGUGGCCUGUAGAGACUCCCAAGGACCAGGUAAGGGGGGGGUUAAAUUUGGUCCCUGGGCCUGAGCUUCCCCACCACUGCUGUAGCAUGUGUGGUCUCAUCAUACUGCCAGGGACUGGGCAGAGGAGCAAUGGUGGAGACCGCCUCCCCAUCUUGACCCUUCCAGUGAGGAGGAAGACAGUAUAGAUUUACCACAGGGGUUUGAGGGAGAUAGCAGAUGAGGCGGAUAGCUGGGAAACCAUGGGACAGCCAGAACAACACCCAGCUGACACGUUGUCGUUAGAAAGCAUUCCAGACCCUCCAUCUCCCAGAACCCGGCGAGCCUUAAAAGUAGGAGAGCAAAGAGCUCAAAGACAGAGGGCAUGUAAGCAGCACCCAUAGAAGUGACGGAUGAGGAAGUGGGAGAGACGGUCGGGUGGAGAUUCACUGGGGACGCCAUUAUCUGGGUUCUAUAGCAUCCCUGUGUGAAGAUUGAAAUAAAAAAGGACGGUAAGAAACUUUUCCUUGUCUUUUUACUUUCCUGGGCAACCAGCCGGGAGCCGCUGACAGCCUCCUGACACAUACCCUCCAACAUUCCUCAGAUGAAAAUGUCCCUGUUUUCAUCUGAGGAAUGUUGAAAGGUAUGCAUCUGUGUAUAAUUCUGUGUCCGGCCUCAGUUGGUUCACUUGGUUUUAAGCAGAGAGAAGAACAAAUCUCUGUAGGAAUGUGACGGUUGCUUCAUAGCAAACUAACAUCACUGUACAAAGGAAGAAAUAAUAAAAUUUGGUUUCCAUGCGCACCUAUAAAGCUGCAUUGUGCUCAGGGGUGCCAACGGGAAUAAAAUAUUGGGAGGGCCCAGGUAAGCCCCUCCCCACAUAACUGGUUAAUUCCUGAUUAAUUAAUUCAAUUAAUUCCUCACAUGACACGGCACAUGCACACCAUUUCAGUGGCAGUACCCAUCAACUGGGGGGGAGGGCGGGGACCUUGAAAAGCACCACAUUGGGGACCCAAGGACUAGAUGGAUGAUGUUGGGUCAUAUUGGGCUGCUGGGAAAUGAGUGCUACAUGCAGACUCUCCACCACUUCCAUCCCCUUUCCCACAAUUCCCCUGGACCCCUCUGGUAUUCUUCCCUGUGACAGAAGAGGAUGAGGCAGCCGAAGGUUUGCCUUCCAGAUUCCCUCCAAAACUCCUUGGAAAGGAAAAAGUUUCACUUCUGCUACCUGGUAACAGUGUUGGCGCGUGUCUUCAUGGUGCCCAGAGAGGGUUGGAAGGGCGACACGAGGAGGACGCAACAAACAAGGCAGACACACACCCUUCAAAGGAUAAAUAGCUGGUGUGCUGUCAGCAGAGUUGGGCCCCUGGAAGGUUGCAUGCUGGGCCCUUGGAAAAGCAUUCCUACCCUAUAUCUACUUUUAACGUAAGGAGUAAUUGCUGUGCAGUUUACACUGAGAGGAAAAGGGAGAUGUGGGACUAUGACUGAAGUUGUUUGCCUUCUCUUCUCAUCCAAAGUUGUCCUUCCUCAGGUACAACCAUAGAAUCCUUUGUGAACUAGAAAACCUGAAAUAGUUACCAGCGUAGAAGGCAGUUGAUUCUGAGGAAGGUUGUGACAUUUUAGGUGUGAGGGAGCUACACAAUACUUAUUCAGCUUUCAUGAUAGCAAUAUGUUUGUUGCGUGAAUUCCUCUCAAAGCGAACUCUUUUGGGGAUUCGUUUGAAGGAUUAACAGAAAUAUUGGUGGCUUUAGAACAAGACUUGCAAUAUAUACUAGAAGACCUUUAAUUUUUCACUUUGUCGGACAAAGCGGCCCAAACUACAGCACGGCUGUUUUUCUAUUUCGGUCUCCAGGUCUGUUAUCAGCAAACUACUUAUUUCUGCAGGGUUCCUAUUGACCCAAGAUAUCAAUGGCAGAGUAAAUAGUUUGCUGAGUGUAGCCUAAAGCAAGAGAGUCAUCUUGACCCCCUGUGUGCCUUUACAAGCUACCUGACAAGCAGAAAAUUUGCAAGUGAAGCUUGCCUUGUUAAAGGGAAGCGAUAGGACAAGAAUCCACAGUUUUGUGUUGCCUUGUAGCUGUUAAUGGCGUUGGAGGUCUGCUGAUAUUCUUGGACAUCUUCUUGUGCAUAUGUCACCCCUGAUUUAUUUCUGGGUGCUGCUUCCUCCCCCCACCCACAAAAGAGGACACAAAUUUGCACAUGGCCAUGAAUGUAAAAUUUAUGCAAAUUUUCUGUCUUCUAUUGUGAGUAGGGGCCCCAAUCCACAGACAGUAUACUCAGCCCCCCAAAAAGGUUGUCAUCUCUGGGUUGGCCACUGAUCUUGGUAUAAAGCAACUUCCUAUGUUUAUGGUUAUGAUUAUGACACCUCAGAAGCGUUUUCCGUGCAAUAGGUAAUGUUAACUAAAUUAACACUGAUUUUAAAUGUCCUGUCUACACCAGAGUUGAAUUAAAGAUAAAAGUGACAGUCAUGAGAUCAGUGAAUGCGAAUAUGAGGAGAAUUUUGAAUAGGCUUUGUAAUGACAUGCUUUGUACAGGUGCCGGAGUCUUUAUCCAAUAUUGAAGGCUUCACCUGAGAAACACGAGUAGAAAUGUUAGAAUAUAAAAUAUAGCUGCAUUACAGAAAGUUGGUUUCUUAGAACAAUUCUUUAGAUCUUAUCCAGUGAAUUAGAGAACCAUAACUAUAGCUGCCCUCUGGUGGAGGAAAAUGUAACCAUGCUGGGGUUUUGCCAUCCGUUUAUUGGAGGCUCAUUGAGCGCUUUCUGGAGCAAGAAGCACAAGUUAUGUCUCAUAGCGCUAACAUUUGGCAUGGCUCAGUGGUAUGUGGCUGUUAUGAAGCCCAGGGGAAACUUCUCUUUGCACACUUUCAGGCAGCCCGAAAGAGGCACUAGUCAUCUGUCUCAGCCCUAAAUACAAUCAUUUUUAGGUUUGCCGGACGUCCGGGGAAACCCGGGCUGACUUACCUAUCCGGGUUUCAUGAAGAAGACCGAAAGUAGAAUACCGCUACAGUACAUAGAAUUACAGUACAUAGAAUUUCUCCUCAGUUUCUGGAACAUUGUUUGUCUUCACGACACUGAGAAGACAGACCACAGCUCAAGCUGAAAGACUGUGAGCUCAACACAGAGUGACUAUUUGCACGAAACAAUUUGCCUUUUAAAACAAUUUCUUCUUGACUGGGAGCUGUGAAUUAAGUCUUUACUCUAAUGCACUAUAUAAUGAACUGCAUUCGAAAUAUGUUUAUUUUUAGCAAAUAAAUGCUAAUGUAAGCUUGCUGUUACAAAAAUAGAAGGCAGUGCUGGUCGCGGAGCAAAAUCACGAAGAUCUUUUCAUUGCUAAUAAUUAAGAGGUGAGGCAGAGAUUCUCCCCUUCCUAUCAUCUCUUGACACUUCCUCCCCCUCCUUGUUCUUCUCCUUCCCACCCAAAUUAACAAAAAUAACAAGUCUUUAACUUGAAGAUUUUUUUUUAAGUGACAUCAGCUUAUGUCGGUGUAAUAGAAACAGUUUUACACAGCUAAAGAAGUAGAAGAGGUCAUAUUUGUUGUGUCCUGUUCCUUUCCCAAGUAUAGAUUAAGUCAUUCAGAUGAUGCCUAGCAUUUCUAUAGUGCUAUCCAGAGUUCAACGUGAUGCACAAGAUAAUCUCAGUAACCCUUGCCCAAAAUGUUUGUAGGAUUGGCAUUCCAAAUUACAGUUUGAGGGGAGAGGCCAAAUAAUGAUGGAUUGUCUAAAGGUGAGGUAGCACACUCCCAGUUAUUCCCAGCAGGCUGGUGAAAUAAAGAAAAGCUUGGUGGGAAACCAAGAAUAGAUUUUUGUGUAUAAGGGUUGUGAGCUUAAUUCUGGGGAUAUAAACAAAUCCUUGGGGUGAUCAUAUGCUCAGAGGUUGCCUGUGCCCCAUAGCCACUAUUUUGCACCUAGUUCUGAUGGUGGACCUUGAAGAAGUUCUACUAAAUCCAAAACAAAGUCAGGUGCUGCAGGUCUGAAGUCUGCCCACCUCUGGUCUAAAGCACACCUGAAGGAGCAUCUCCACCCCCAUCAUUCAGCCCGGACACUGAGGUCCAUCUCCGAGGGCCUUCUGGUAGUUCCCUCACUGCAAGAAGUGAAGUUACAGGGAACCAGGCAGAGGGCCUUCUCGGCAGUGGCGCCUGCCCAUGGAAUGCCAAGGAGAUAAAGACCUACACAACUUUUAGAAGACAUCUGAAGGCAGCCCUCUAGUGGGAAGUUUUUAAUGUUUGACAUUUGAUUAUGUUUUUAUAAGUGUUGGAAGCCUCCCAGAGUGGCUGGGGAACUAUCCCAAAGUCAAGAACUAUCCCAAAGUUAUUAGCAAUGGCACAGACUCCUUUUUUUAAGAAGCAAAGGGCUUUGUGCAUUCAGCAUUCAUACGGAGUGCGUAAAACAAUGUCACUCCCUGAGAUGAGUUGGCUGGAAGAAUAAUCUGAUGAGGUCUGAAAUGCAGGGGAAAUGUUUGUUUCAUUUAUGGCUUAUAUCCCACUUUUCCUUCCUGGGGGAAGCCCCAAGCUGAAAACAGAAAACAGCAGAACCCAAAAUAUCAGAAUAAUAAAUAUAACAUAACAUAGCAUAUAUCAAAAUCUGAAACAAGUCAACACCACAUCGUGUUAAAAUACUGGUGUAACAAGCCUAUCCAAUCCUUAAAAUGUUAUUAAAUAACAAGAAUCCUACCUCUGGACUUGAGGUCCUCACCCCAUAUCAUACCCCUGUAUAUCCCCCCUGGCAAGAAGGUGUAUAGUAGUUUUUCAUAGCUUGUCUCCUGAUACUGAUGGGGUUUUUUUAUCUCAAAGCAUUAAUAGAAUUGCACAUUCUGACACUUCUUGUAUAAGGUGGUUAUACUAUUUCUACUACUCCCCGAGGCUGGCAAAAAUGUAUGAAUUUCUGAUUUUUAAACCCUUAAAACACACACGAAAAGACCUUUAAAACCAAGUUCCCAACAGGCUACAAACCAAUAGUUUAUAGUCUUUCUCUAUCUCAGUUAAACCUAUCUUCUAGAUUUCAGCUCAGAUAGAAUGUUCAUCAUAGCACAGAGCGGAAAGAGAGGGAAGCAGUCUUGGCACAAGGAGAAAGGAAUACGAACCACAUUCAUGCAAAUAGCUUUCGGUGCGCAGCAGGUGAUUCAUAACGAAAGCCCCAUUGGCAGCACUAGGGAGCACCUGGUGGGAUCUCUGUACUGCAGGGACUCCCUGAGUCAACACUAACCAGCACUGAGAGACAGUCUCUCUUCGCAAGGAGCAAUGUGGAGCACACCUCAAGCUCCCAUUUUUUCCUCCACAUCCUCAUUGGUGGGGCAGGCAGAUGUGGUUUGGAGGAAAUGGCCCCAUGGCCAAAUUAGGACCUCUGGGCCAGAGGUUCCCCACUGCUAUCUUAAAAUUUGGCAAUUUCUAGGAUUGCAACAAUACAGGCAAUUCUCAACUUACUCUGGGGUUCAUAUAGUCCAACCCCCUGCAAUGCAGAAAUCGUUUGCCCAAUGCAGGACUCGAACCCACAACCCUGAGAUUAAGAGACUCAUGAUCUAUCAGGUUAUAUUCUGGGGAUCUUGUGUAAAGCCAAAAUCGUGUAUAGUCAAAAAGGUAGUAGAUAGGACUGCCAAAGACUUUUUCCCCAGAUGCCCACCCCCUUUUUAAUUUAGUGUAAUUUUUUUAUUGCCAAGCGCAUAAAGCUGAAUGCACACAAGUUAAAUGUGCAUAACUUGCAAGCUCCCUAUACACAAUCACUACCAUUCAAAAAUGUGGGCAUCUUCAGGGUAAUGGCUUGCAUUACACUGUCUGUGAAGGUUGCAAUAAAUACUGCUAAUGUGAAUUAUUUUCCCCCAUUGCCCCAUUAAGUAAGUUACAUUUUUUAUCAGAAAAACAGCAUGGAUUAUCUUAGCAGAUUGUUAGGAGCUUAACAUUCAUUAAUGUUAAAUCCUGCAGAAUACUUCGGUUACCAAACAUUUCAGGAUUUAUGUGUCUCAACCCAGAUGAAAUAUUUGGUUAUCUCACUUUACAAUUUUAAAAUGUGUUUGAGGCUAUUGCAUGUUUCCUUUGUCUCUCAGGUUGCUUAUCAUCACACGCUUGCAUUCCAUUCAGUGUCAGGAACUGAAGGACCUUGUUUCCCCAAAGAUGGUAAACCUGAGUCCUGGGUGGGAGCUCACAUGACUAAAUACUUCACCAUGCAAAAGUAAUCCCUCUACAUACAAAAGGCAUGUUGGGAGAGAAUGUUUCUAGCCAAACACUCUCCUUUAUAUGCCAGGGGUGUUGUUUUUUAUGUACUAGGGUUCCUUCAACUUGUCUAUCCACCUCUCACAGCUUUCAUCACCUCUCUUUGGAAACAAGUCUCAUGUAGAGAUGUGCAUUUGCUUUUAAUUAAUAAAGUGACAACGUCCAAAUUAGUUGAUUUCCUUUCAGUUGGUUAAAAGUAAAAAAGAAAGAAAACAAAAUGCAGUGCUAUUAUUUUCUCAUAAUGUCCUGCUGUGAGCCUGGGAUGCAAAACCAUCUAGCAAGUUAAGCCAAAGGCCAACUAGCAUUGUAAAUGCAUCACUGUGACCCUCGUGUUAGUGUCACAAUUCGGCAGUACCCAGUGAGGGGCACUGUGGAGAGGGCACUGUGAAAACUGUUGCGGAAUGGGAAAGCUGUUCUGGGAUCUCGUGAGAGGAAGGGGGUAGAAUAAAUAUAAUAAAUCAUAAUAGCUGCUUUGAGUUUCUUGCUGCUAAUUCCGUCGGCAGAGUAGUCGUUGUUGGCGUCCAUCUGUCUUGAGAGACAAUGGAGUGCACCUCUGGGGGUGAAGCCAAACCGCAGCAUUAGCGGCACCCCAGUGACCUCCCUGGGGCACAAGCCUGGGCAGUAUUUAUAGAGAUCCUGGGCUGCCCAGAGAACAAGACACACACACACUGGCCUCUCUGAAGUGGUCCAAAGGAAAGCUGAGCAAUACUUGACUGCAGGAGCUGCCAGAAGCAGGUGUACAAGGUCUUAGGGACGCCACUCCAGAUUUGUGUUGGGUUUAUGCCUUAGCCAUCUCUUCUGCUGCAGAUAUCCCACAAUGCAGCAGAUGUUUAGGACCAGAGUUUUCCUACUUCCAGUUGGGCUACCUUCCCAGGUUGACGAGCCCCAUCUGCCCCUCACUUCCCUCUAUGCCACACGCAAAAACCUCAUUCUUGACCAUGGGACCCACUAUUGGUCUUCUCCCCUCAAUCCACCAGAGCCUGUCUGUGCAGGCAGAGGAUCCCUAACUCACCAAGGGUUUGGGACCUGUUUUUGCUGUCCCGUCGAAAUCAUUCCUGGGGUGUGGCCACUGUCACAUUCUGACAGCUUCUAGGAGGCACAGGUGAGAGCUGAGUGCAGGGGGGCAGAACCAAACUACCCCAGAAGGAGCACAAUGUGUACCUGAGGUGCUUGUUGUUGUUUAGUCGUUUAGUCGUGUCCGACUCUUCGUGACCCCAUGGACCAGAGCACACCAGGCACUUCUAUCUUCACCUGAGGUGUUACCCCUCCCCUAACCCUCCAUACAGUUCCUCCCAGUUCUAACCCUGGGAUAGAUUGUCCACCUUUGGUCCACACCCUGCGCUCAUUUUUGUAGUUUUGUCCAUCUGUUUCUUUUCUUUCUCUUUAGAUUUGCCCAAGUGUUUUGCUGUUUUUCUUGCGAAUUCUUAUCUUUAUUUGCACAUUCUCCAUCGCAUCAUCCCACCCCAUCUCCCGUGGAUAUUACCCUGUUCACUGCCCUUCACAACUCUUUCUGUUUCUUAGCAUCUGGUGUUGGUGAAGGCUGACCUUCCAUAGAUGGUGGGCUUCCCUGUGACUUGAGGUGACCAUCACACUGCCAAGUCCAAGACGCUGUCCCUGCCCAUGCAACCAAUCUCUGGGCUGCCACUUUUCCUGCCCAAAUGCAAUCUUCCUCCUGUAUUUACCUCACACACGUUUUGCUGCUCAGGUCCCCAUCUGCCACCAUCUGUUCUGUCUCUCUACUAUUCAGCAUUCCCUGCCUGCCAUAGGGUGCCAGACAAGGCCUGCCUCUGCCCACUGCUUUUUAGUCCACCCACUGCCUGCUGACAGCUUGUCUCUCUCCCUCCCUCUCCUAAUCUUUCUGUCUGGCAGAUGCUUUAUCAAAGGUGUCAUGCCCGUUCCUGCUCCUCUUCUGCCCAUCUGAAGCUUGCCAAUUUGUGGCUGCAUGCACAAUAUACAUUUAAAGCACAAGACUCCCUCUGCGAAGAAACCUGGGAGCUGAAGUUUGUUAAGGAUGUGGGGAACUGUAGCUCUGUGAGGGUAAACAACAGCUCUGAGGACUCUUUGGGGGAAGUUGUGUGCUUUCAAUGUUUGUUGAGCACACAGCCAGUGCCUUCAACUGUGUCCAAGCCUAGCGGACACUGCAGGUUGUCAUCCUGAUGUAUCUGGGAUGCUGACUACAUUCCUGUCCCCUUCUCCAUUAUCUUUACUUGUUGUUGUUGCUGUUGCUGCUGCUGUUGUUGUUCCACGCCAUCCUCAGGCACCAGUGGCAUAGCACAGGGGCAGUUACUCCAGGCACAAGAUGGUCAGGGGUGCAAAAUUUCAACACCUGGCACUGUCUCAAUACAGCUGUGCACGUCCACCACUGGGCUACCUUGAAAAUGGCUUCUCCAUGCAAACCAGGAAGUGCCCUCUCCAGACAAUGGAAUGACUCUUCUCUUCUUAUCUCUGUGGCCAGGUGACACAGACAUGUUUAGGCAGUUGAAUGUGCAUGCGUACUCCAUCCGUUUCCCUCCCUCCCAGCCCUCUCUGCACAGCCCGGGUACCAGCAACCCAUGCUAUGCAUGUCAGGCGCUCACUGAAAGUAGCAUCUCGUAGUUAGAAUAUCUGCCUGCCAGCUCUCCUCUGUUAGCCUCUCGUGAUAAUGCACACUUCAGAGACACAGGCUGACUGGUGGUUGCUGGGCCCACACUUUUCUGCAGCCUAUGUCGGUUAGAGAAAGAGAAACACUGCCCACAGACUUAGGGUUGCCACAUUUCAAACAGUGAAAAUCUGGACUGAAAAGUUGUUUGGCUCAAUUCGGGGGUGGGGUGGGGGGAGAGUGCAAGAGCUAUUUUUAAGGGAAAUUGCUGAAAAUGGCACCACCAGCAUGAGUUGCCAGAUGGGACUUCCAUGGACAUUUUAGCGAUUUCUGCUCGGAUACUGCUUCCGACUUCAGUAUUCUGGAUAUAUCCGGGAAAUUCCGAAUGUAUGGCAAUGCUAACAGACUCCUGUUUCUGCAUGCGUCAAUGACUGAGGGAGACAUUGUGGUCACAUGUUGAUAAUUUCUGCUGAAAAUGAGAGCGAUUGGCCAUUGUAGCUUCAUGUGGAUGUGGCCCCCCUGAAGAAUAGAGUGCCCCAUUGUUUCCCCGUGAUGAAGAGGGACUGGCCCAGGUGCCCUCAUGAUGGUGCUGCCCCCCUGAAGAAAUGAGAAACUGCUCACCACUUUCAAGAGAGCCAUUAUGUUUGCAUCCUGCACCAGAGAGCUUCUUUCUUGGAGCCAAAUGGUAGCAGCUUUCAUCAACUGCUUUUGUUGAAUGGCAGGUGCAGGGUCCGCAAUUUGGGAACAUGGUGUGUGGGGAGAGGUAGUUUUAUGCUUCCCACUUUCAUAGCCCUGACGCAAAUCCCUCACCCUCCACAAUAUUGCUGUAGCCCAAGGUUUUGCAUCAAUUUCUGAUCUGAAUGUGUCUCUAUUUUGAAGGAACAGGUACCAGUCUCUCCUUUGGAGGCAGUUUUUUUUCUUUCUUUCUUCAUUAAAGCCUUUAGUUACAUACUCAAUUUAUUGCACACAGUUUAGGAAUUAAUCCCUUAAAUCAGGUGCAGGAAAUCUUUGGCUGCCCAGAUGUUACUGUGCUACAACUUCCAUCAGCCCCUGCAGGAAUGGCCCAUUGGUUUCCCACAAUUCCCUUAAGUAAAGCGUUGUGGUUAGAAUUUUGGACUAGGGCUGGAGAGGCCUGGGUUCAAAUCUCACUUAGCCCUGAAAGGUCACGGGCAGACCUUGGACCAGUCACUUGAUCAGGCAUAGAACACGGGAUUUUGCAAGAAUGUCACUGAAAUCUCUGCGAAUAUUCAAGCAGCCCAACAGACAUUUGCCUCCCCAAAUAUUUGGUGUCUUGGGCCUCUAUAUCUCUUGGAGAGUCUAAUUGCCUGUCUUCCUUUUUCAAUUUUUGUGCCCUGAGUGCAUCUCCAUAAUUUAGUAAAUAAUCUCUAUUUUUGCUCCAUGUAUCAUUGGAAUGCUUUUAUGUGCUGUAGUGAGGCGAGGAGGAAAUUUGCCAUUGGAACAUUAUUAAAGGGCCUCUUGACAGAUAAUUGGAUGCUGGAAUGGCACUGGGCUUGACCUCAUCAAGAAAACCAUUUCCUCUCCAUCAGCAUCUUGGUGAACCUUUAUAAUAAUCACAGCAGGCUAGAAAGAGAGAGAAGCAAAGAAUUAACCCCUUGAAAGUUGGCCUUAACAACAAAAAAUUCAAUCAGUUGAACAGUUGAGAGUCUGUUCCAGUUAAGAAUCUACCAAAGAAUGAAUGGACACCAAUUUACUGCAAAGACUACAUGUUCCUUUCCAGGAAUCUUAAGGCCUAUUUUCUUGUGUGUAAUAGCCUUCCUCCUCUGGACACACAUUUUAUCUCACUUAUGUACUCAGUAGGUCACUGCAUUUUGCAGGAAGCUGUUUCCUUGGUGUCUCUAAAAUAUCAGGCGCCUGCUCCACAUCAGCUCCAAGGAGGAGUUUCAAGGGAGGCUGCCACUGUUUGGAACAGCAUCCCUGUUGAGACAUGACAGGUGCCUAUGAUUUGUAAUUUCCAGAAACAAUAGAAGACAUUUUUAUUUCACCAAAACCUUUCCAGCUGGAGUGGGGAGGGAUUAGGUCUCUGCCUUGGGCGUUUAUUUGUAUUGUUCUUUAACCUAUAUUCAUUUGUUUUGUUUUGUUUUUGGCUUUUUGGAUUGUUCUUAAACCUGUGCUCAUUCUCCUUUUUUUUGUAUGAUUGUAAUCUCCUUUUAAAUUGUAUGAAAGGUGACUCAUAAAUGAAUAAAAUAAUAAUGUGUACAACUUUAGAAGACACAGUACGCUUGCAGCUUAACACGCAUGUAACUGGUUGAAAUUGCACAAGUUAAAUCCAAGCAAGGCGGAAAGCUUAAAAGCUCUUUAUGCGCCAAGUCUGCUUGGGUUAUGCAGCACAUAAAGAGAUUUUAAUCUCUCUGCCUGGCUUGGGGAGCAACGCCUGCUCUGUGUGCUUUCUCUGGGAAGCUCAUGUGAAAUCUCUCUUUAAAAAGAAAAAAAAGAUAUUUAUUAAAGUUUCAACAUAUUACAAAAAUAAGGGAAAAAAAAGAAAGAGAAAAGAAAAAAAGAGAAAAUGAAAAUACAAGGUAAAAACAGUUAAAAACAGAUCAGUCUUUCCAUAUCUUAUCUUUCAUUUGCUUGUUUCCCUGACCUCCUCACACCUCCCUUUUUUGUAUUCCAGUUCAAUUAGUUAAUUCAGCAAAUCCUUUCCCUCUUUGAUUUUAUCUUAAUCUUUUAUCUUAAUAUAUUAUAACUUUAGAUUAUCACCUGUUAACAAUCCAUUUUUACAUAUUCCUUUAUAACAUUGCUGCUAAAAACCACUUAACUUCAAUCCAACAUCAUUCUAACAUUCAUUAAUUUUGCAGUAUUUCUGUAGAUAGUUUUUAAAUUUCUUCCAAUCUUCUUCCACCGACUCUUCUCCCUGGUCUCGGAUUCUGCCAGUCAUUUCCGCCAGUUCCAUAUAGUCCAUCACCUUCAUCUGCCAUUCUUCCAGAGUGGGUAAAUCUUGUGUCUUCCAAUACUUUGCAAUAAGUAUUCUUGCUGCUGUUGUAGCAUACAUAAAGAAAGUUCUAUCCUUCUUUGACACCAAUUGACCAACCAUGCCCAGGAGAAAGGCCUCUGGUUUCUUCAGAAAGGUAUAUUUAAAUACCUUUUUCAUUUCAUUAUAAAUCAUCUCCCAGAAAGCCUUAAUCCUUGGGCACGUCCACCAAAGGUGAAAGAAUGUACCUUCAGUUUCUUUACAUUUCCAACAUUUAUUAUCGGGCAAAUGAUAGAUUUUUGCAAGCUUGACUGGUGUCAUGUACCACCUGUAAAUCAUUUUCAUAAUAUUCUCUCUUAAGGCAUUACAUGCCGUAAACUUCAUACCUGUGGUCCAUAACUGUUCCCAGUCAGCCAUCAUUAUGUUAUGUCCAACAUCUUGUGCCCAUUUAAUCAUAGCAGAUUUCACCGUUUCAUCCUGAGUAUUCCAUUUCAACAGCAAGUUAUACAUCUUUGACAAAAUCUUGGUUUUGGGGUCUAACAGUUCUGUUUCCAAUUUUGAUUUUUCCACCUGGAAGCCAAUUUUCUUGUCCAAAUUAUAUGCCUCCAUUAUCUGAUAAUAAUGAAGCCAAUCUCGCACUUUAUUUUUUAGUUUUUCAAAACUCUGCAGUUUCAAUUUGUCUCCCUCUUGUUCCAAAAUUUCCCAAUAUUUCGGCCAUUUGGCCUCCAUAUUGAGCUUUUUCUGAGCCUUCGCUUCCAUCGGUGACAACCACCUUGGGGUUUUAUUUUCAAGUAGGUCCUUAUAUCUUAUCCAGACAUUAAACAAUGCUUUCCUGACAAUAUGAUUUUUAAAUGCUUUAUGUGCUUUGACCUUAUCAUACCACAAAUAUGCAUGCCAUCCAAAUACAUUAUUAAAACCUUCUAAAUCCAAAAUGUCUGUGUUUUCAAGAAGCAGCCAUUCUUUCAGCCAGCAAAAAGCUGCUGAUUCAUAAUAAAGUUUAAGAUCUGGCAGGGCAAAUCCACCUCUUUCCUUUGCGUCCGUUAGUAUUUUAAAUUUUAUUCUAGGCUUCUUGCCCGCUCAUGUGAAAUCUCUCAGGGCUGUGGGGAAAAUGAGCCCAUCAAAAUCUCACAUGGCCAACUGUGUACAAAUGCUAUGCGUUUAUUUGUGUGCCUGUUUGUAUACUAAGAAACUGGCAGGACACCGUUCUGAAGCCUGUCUGUCUGGGACGCAACAAUUGUCAGAGCAUUCGCGCAGGGAUGGAAUUCUAAAGACCCUGAAACGGUUUUGGUCAGUCCCUUAAGGCAAUGCGUUCUCACCAGCAGCAGACAAGGCUUCAGACUGAAUAGGUCAGCUACACAGAUUCAACAUCUCGCAAGGAGGUGAGGAUGACAGGAAGUCCUUCAGAACCCUUGAAACAGAACACGUGGCUAAUUUGGACAAUGCAGACUCCUUAAAUGCUGCAUUCAUUAACUGUGAGGUGCAUGUGACAGCUUUAAAAAGAAAUGGAAAAUGAUUUGUAGGUAGCCUGCAUGGAUAUAAGCCUUCAAGGAUUCCAGAGCGCAUGACAGGUUACAAGGCCAGAGGAGUGUGUGCAACAUUGAUUGAGGGAAGUUGACUUGCUUAUGGAGCAGCUGCUAUUAUACAACAUUAACUAGUAGCCUAUGACAUUUAUUAAAUUCCCUCUUUCAUCUACAUAACCCCAUUAUGUAAGAACUUUGCAGGAGAACUAAAAAAGCUUUCAAUGUGUUGUGGCCCUGAAAUGGAAUAUCAAAGGUUUCUGCGCUUAAUAAAGCACGGUGAAGACUUCGAAUAGAAAAUUGGCAAUAAACUGUGGGUUUUCCUUUAAAAAAUAAAUAAAUCCUUAAUGUUGGAUAUGAUCUGGUUAGGUAUAAGCUUAGAUCAAAUUAUGAGAAGACUGGUGAUAUAAAGCAGCUGGACUUACGAAAGCACUAACAAUGGCUUGGUCUACUUAUCAGUGAUGUAGUGGAGAGGGAACCAUUGAAACACAACUGGUCCUGCGAAAGACGGGUGCGGGGAGAGAGAUUUGGUGCCACACAAGGAAAGAACUUUUUGUUCCUGAGCCUCUGAGGAAGCACUUCCAGUCACUGUAGAGAGGGAAGGCUGCAGUCCUUUCUAGGCAACACUCCACACGCCAGUGGUGGAUCAUGGGACCAGAGUCAAACGUGGGUGGAACCACAAAUGUUAAUUUACUGACACACUCUUCUCUAUCCUCCAUCCAGGCAAGCAGGAACCAUAGUCCAUAGCAUGUUCCAGCCAGGCAAAAGCCCUCAAGGAAAAUGCAAAGCCGGGACAGUGAGGGGUGUGGCCAGGAAGAGCCAGUGUGGCCUAUGGAGAGUCCUAAAGCCCAGAUAGAGAGGCUUGAAGGGCCACAUUCAGAACCUGAGAUUUUCCACCCCUGUGUCAGGGAGCCGACAGGGAGAAUAGGUCGUACACAGUUCAGAGAAAGACGCCAGCUAACUUACAGUUAGUUUCUUUAUUAAGGAAACAGAACAGAGAACACAUAGAGACUUCUAAGGGUUGCUUCUUUCUAGAUGAAGCCGUUGCCCGAACUGGCUUAUAACUCCCCCAACUCCACUCUAUAACCCUCUGUGUCAGGCCCCUCUCUCUGUCUACAACAACUCUGUUUCUGCCUGGCUCUCUGCUCUGUAACGUGCAAGAGACGCCUUGGUUUUUUGGGGGGGCAGGAGGUCAGCAGAGAAGCUAUCGGGGUGGCUGUGUGGUGGAGCUGCCAAAUUUGAUUCCUGUCUCUGCUGUGUACUGGCGCACCUGCCUGUUUCCUCCUCUCCAUCCUCCUCCAAGCUCCCAGUCUCCCGCUCUUCUCCUCUGGGGUGUGGCCAGUUUCCCACCAUCAGGAGCUCAGAUCCAAAGUCCUCUGGGCUUUCCCUGGGGGGCUCCUAGUCAGACAGCUUCUACCUCUCAUCCAGCCAGUCCCCAACACCCUACUAUCUAUAACCCUAUGCCAUAUUUAAAAAGAAAUCUGAUCUGGUGCGAGGCAAAUUCCUGUGGUCGGACUGGGACGCAGUACUUCUUUCCACAUGAGUUUGUGGGCAUCUUCAACCACAGACCAUCAAAGAGGAAUGAACUAAGCAAUGUGUAUGUUGCUUGUUGCUGUUGUUCUGCUCUUCCGUUUUUCAUUUUCUACCGUCUAUAUGUUUUUAUUCAGUUUUAACUUUUUAUGACUGUCACAACCUUUCCUUGGGCGUUUCAUUAUAGUGAAGUAUGGCCUGGAGAGGUUUUUAGUAAAUAUAGGUGAGCCAGUCUCUCGCCUUUCAUCUUUUAUCUCAUGUGGCUCCUCAGCCAAAGGAACUGUGUUGUGCUGUUUCUGUGGCUUUGUUCUUACCUGAGAAACCCCAAUGAUGAACAAAAGACAUGCAGAGAGAACCUUGCUUUUCGUGAGGCGUCUCAGCCUGGGCUCGGCCUAAGCCUGACAGCUUUUAUAACAAACGGAAACGGGAGGUUUGCCAUAUCAAGGGAUAGGAAAGCCUAGGAAUGCCUCUGCUAAUAUGUCCUCCAGCGCUAACUUGACUUUUCUCUUUCUCUCUCUGUUUUGCAGUUCUGCUAAGCCAAUCCUCACUAGAAUGA